CAGGUGUCAGCAGGUGCCUCAAAACUAGAAAUAAUCUGGGAGGGGAGAAGGAGGGGGGAAUCUAAACAUUGGUCUAACAGCGAUUGAGAAGAAUGUAGGCAGAAAUCUACCGAAUUACUUUUACGAGGUUAAUAAAUAAAAUUUGCAGGACAGCUUGUAAUUGGCAGUAAAGGAGAUUCCAGAAUAGAACACGGAACAUUGCUUGACCUUCCCAGUGGGAGGAGUGAUAACAGAAUCAUAAAUAGCAGCUAAUGCUGGAAUACAGUUCAAAGUGUGGGCCAUGUACUUGUAUUGGAUGAACUGGAUGUAAAUCCAAAAGCACGACAGUUUCAGAAGAGUAGAAAAGCCUACAUCUCUAUCCAAGCAUGGACCUAAAUCAACCGUUGCAUCCAAGGUAUAAAAAACGCCCCCAGCAUUUUGAGAAGGCAUCUGUUGUGCUAGGAUUUGUGUAGGGGACCUUUGGUUGCUAAAAUACAGCUCCCAUCAUCCUUGGCCAUGCUUGCUGGGACUGAUGGGAGUUUUAGUUCAUCAUUGUCUGGAGGGCCAAAGGUUCCUCACCCCUGCACUAGUAGGGUGACAAGGCACUUUAAUCCACUUUGAUUGCGGAAACCUAAAUUUGUACUCUGCCCUCGAAUCUGGUGUGCAAAGCAGCAUGGCAGGAAUCCAGAAAACUGAUAAUAAAGUUUAGUUGUGCCUCACAACUAAAUUUUGUUGGUGGGAUUCAAGUCCAGAACUGCAGAUCAAGGCCAGAUAUAAUCUCCUGAGACCGAACCCAUGACAUGAUCAACAGUCUAAAGAUUUGGCAACCAAGCCAGAACCAGGACAAUCAUCAGAUGAGGCCCAUUCCAGCUUUCCAGGAUGGUCCGUUAUGCAGGAAAGCAAAUUCUAUCAGUAAGGCAAACAACUCUGGUGAGGCAAGCAGGGCUCUAGAAUCAUAGAAUCAUAGAAUCAUAGAGUUGGAAGAGACCACAAGGGCCAUCGAGUCCAACCCCUUGCCAAGCAGGAAACACCAUCAGAGCACUCCUGACAUAUGGUUGUCAAGCCUCUGUUUAAAGACCUCCAAAGAAGGAGACUCCACCACACUCCUUGGCAGCAAAUUCCACUGUCGAACAGCUCUUACUGUCAGGAAGUUCUUCCUAAUGUUUAGGUGGAAUCUUCUUUCUUGUAGUUUGGAUCCAUUGCUCCGUGUCCGCUUCUCUGGAGCAGCAGAAAACAACCUUUCUCCCUCCUCUAUGUGACAUCCUUUUAUAUAUUUGAACAUGGCUAUCAUAUCACCCCUUAACCUCCUCUUCUCCAGGCUAAACAUGCCCAGCUCUCUUAGCCGUUCCUCAUAAGGCAUCGUUUCCAGGCCUUUGACCAUUUUGGUUGCCCUCCUCUGGACACGUUCCAGUUUGUCAGUGUCCUUCUUGAACUGUGGUGCCCAGAACUGGACACAGUACUCCAGGUGAGGUCUGACCAGAGCAGAAUACAGUGGCACUAUUACUUCCCUUGAUCUAGAUGCUAUACUCCUAUUGAUGCAGCCCAGAAUUGCAUUGGCUUUUUAGCUGCCGCGUCACACUGUUGGCUCAUGUCAAGUUUGUGGUCAACCAAGACUCCUAGAUCCUUUUCACAUGUACUGCUCUCAAGCCAGGUGUCCCCAUCUUGUAUUUGUGCCUCUCAUUUUUUUGCCCAAGUGCAAUACUUUACAUUUCUCCCUGUUAAAAUUCAUCUUGUUUGUUUUGGCCCAGUUCUCUAAUCUGUCAAGGUCGUUUUGAAGUGUGAUCCUGUCCUCUGGGGUGUUAGCCACCCCUCCCAAUUUGGUGUCAUCUGCAAAUUUGAUCAGGAUGCCCUUGAGUCCAUCAUCCAAGUCGUUGAUAAAGAUGUUGAAUAAGACCGGGCCCAAGACAGAACCCUGUGGCACCCCACUAGUCACUCUUCUCCAGGAUGAAGAGGAACCAUUGAUGAGCACCCUUUGGGUCCGGUCAGUCAGCCAGUUACAAAUCCACUGAGUGGUAGCAUAGUCAAGACCACAUUUUACCAGCUUCUUUACAAGAAUAUCAUGAGGCACCUUGUCAAAUGCCUUGCUGAAAUCAAGGUAGGCUACAUCCACUGCGUUCCCUUCAUCUACCAGGCUUGUAAUUCUGUCAAAAAACGAGAUCAGGUUAGUCUGACAUGACUUAUUUUUCAGAAAUCCAUGCUGACUACUGGUGAUCACAGCAUUCCUUUCUAGAUGCUCACAGACUGUUUGCUUAAUGAUCUGCUCCAGAAUCUUCCCUGGUAUUGAUGUCAGACUGACUGGGCGGUAAUUAUUUGGGUCCUCUCUUUCCCCCUUUUGAAAAUAGGGACAACAUUUGCCCUCCUCCAGUCUGCCGGGACUUCGCCUGUUCUCCAGGAAUUCUCAAAGAUGACUGCCAGUGGUUCUGAGAUCACAUCUGCCAGUUCUUUUAAUACUCUUGGAUGCAGUUCAUCUGGCCCUGGAGACUUGAAUACAUCUAAACUAGCCAAGUAUUCUUGUACUAUCUCCUUAGUUAUUCUGGGCUGUGUUUCCUUUGCUGAAUCAUUUGCUCCAAAUUCUUCAGGUCGGGCAUUGUUUUCUUUAUCGGAGAAGACUGAGGCAAAGAAGGCAUUGAGGAGUUCAGCUCUUUCUGUGUCCCCUGUUUGCAUUUCACCAUCUUCUCCUCUGAGUGACCCCACUGUUUCUUUGUUCUUCCUUUUGCUACGGACAUACCCAUAAAAGCCUUCUUUGUUGCUUUUAACCUCUCUAGCAAGCCUGAGUUCAUUCUGUGCUUUAGCUUUUCUGACUUUGUGUCUACACGUGCUGGCUAUUUGUUUGAAUUCCUCUUUGGUGGUUUCCCCCCUUUUCCAUUUUUUGUUAAUCUUUAAUCUCUAGGAAUCAGGGAAGAAUGGAGAGUCAGACCAGAACAACCAAGAGGCCUUAACUGACCUUAAAAGCCCUGUAUGGCUCAGGAUCCCAAUAACUUUCAGAGUUCCUCUCCUGAUAUGAGCCUACCUGGACCCUUCAUCUGAGGCUCUCCUCUGGGUGUCCCCUCAGAAGGAGGUUCAGAAGGUGGCUUCUUCACUUGUGGAAUUCUCUCCCCAAUGAGGUCCACUCCAUCACUGACAUCUUUUGUGCACCAGCUGAGAUCCUAUCUUUUCUCCCAGGUGUUUGACAGAUCAUGAUCAAUGUUCUCCUCUUUGCUUGAUAACUGCUUGCUGAUGCUGAAGUUCUGCUGUUUAAGCAGCUCCAGGAGAUGUUCCUUGUCCUCCUCUGGCUCCAGCUUUCCGGCAGUAAAUCCAGCACCUUCAUGGCUAGUCCAGCUCUGUUGACCUCACCACACAAGCUCCCUAAGCCUCACAGUACAGGCUCCUAGCAAUCUUUGGCAUCACCUUGCCACUGCCAGCCCUUGACUCAGGAACCAUACUCUAAAAAAUGCUCAAAAACUCCAAAAAAUAAUUGGGUCCAUAACCUGAUGGAUAGCGUCUUGCAACCAACCAAUCAACCAACCAACCAACCAACCAACCAACCAACAAACAAACAAACACCAUGCAGAGUCAAAGGUCCAAAAGGGGAAAAAAAACUUUUACUAAAAGGCAAAGGCUUGUUACAAAAAACUUCAGAAAAAACGUCAGACACAUGAAGUACAAACGAAAGUAAGAGAGAGCGAGAGAGCAGCUUGCUGAGCGCAGGAACUUAUCUCUCCUGACUCAGUGUGACCUUGAGAUAGUCAAAACAAUAUUUGCAUCAGAAAUGAACCUUCUAGAAUCUUCCAGAAUCUUCUAGCGCUUUCCAGUUUUUGCCCUCAAAGACUUUAGUCAUGACAAGUUUAUGGGUCACUGUAAAUGGUUUUACUGCAAUGGCUUCUCUUUGUUUCUAUGUAAAUUCUUUUGGCUGUUAAUUUUUGUAAGUUGCUUUGUAGUGAGCAAAUAAUUAAGUCAAAAAAAUAAUAAUGAGCCCCAUUCCCCAAGAGUUUGAGAAUUCUGAGGUAAAGCUGGCUAGAGUUUGCCCAGAGAAUACUUCUGUCAGAUUUCCUCAGGCAUGAACAGCAAAUUGGAGCAGAUUCUUCUGAACUUGCACCCGCUGCCUUGGCCAUUUAUCUGCUUCUGGACUCAGUUAAAGUUGCACUGGAAAUGAAGUGUCUACAUACGGUGCCAAAUCCAUUGUGUUCUUAACAGUUGCUGUGGGGAGAUGGAGGGAGAACAAGAUUACCUCUGAAAUACACAUGCUGUCAAGGCUUUCACUCAACACUUGAGUAAACAACACUUAAAAUGCUGUUUUAGGAUUGGAUAUAAAGAGCUCUCUUUGUUGUUGUCAUUGUUCUGAUUAAUUCACAUUCAAGGUGAAAUUCAUAUUUACUCAAGGAUUGAAGGCAGAGGAUAUCAUAGAUAUGUGAGAGACGAAGCCCUGUUUAUAAGGAUUGUAGGACUGGUGUGUGUUUGUGUGUUCCAUAAGAAUCCAGAAUUAAUUUACUUCCAAGACUUCUAAAAUUGUAUGCUAAAACUGCCUGGCUUCUUUAACAAGAAUAUAAAAAACCUGCAGUGAAAAAAUUCCAAGCUAUCACCCAUCAUUUCUUCUGAUCCCCGUUUCUACCUCACAGGUUGCACCUGAAAAUAUUUGUCUUAAAUGCUCAAUAACAAUCUAGAAAGAGGAAUUUAAAAAAAAAUACAUGAUAGCAUAAUAAUUAUAAUACAUAAUCAUAGAAAACUUUAAAUAAACGAGUAGCCUAAAGUUUAUUCCAUAGUGGAAUACAAGGUUCAUAUUUAUACAAAUCAUAUCAAAUAAUCAUGAGUGUUGCCAAAUAAACUCAUAUUUAGUAGCAGUGUGUCCACCAUGAGUUUGUUUGGUCAUAUAAAGUCUGCCUGUAGAGAAGGGCAGGUCAUUGGUUUUAAUACCUGGCCAGUCACUGAAGACAAAACUGAGCUGGGAACAAUAUCUUCACUUAGUAUAAUGCAGUUUCCUAUGUUCCAUGGUGGUUAGGGCUGGUGGGCGCCAGGUUGACUAUCCCUGCUCUGGCAUAAUAAGGGAACAGAUGACAAUCUACAGCCUCCCUCCUCCCCCAACAUCAGUAUACUCAGCACCUCACUCGGUUAGACACUGGCUUCUUUAGGGACUGUUUGCACACACUUUUAAGCAUAUUUACUCAAGUCCUUUUCUUCUUUGUUCUCCCCCUUCAAGAUCAUCGUUGGAGAAACUGCAGUGUUUUGCUUACAGAUGGCCACGCGGGAUUUUGAAAACCAAGAAAAAACAAUAUUAACCGGAGACUGUUGCUAUAUAAACCCACUGGUGCGCAGGACUGUCAGAUUUCUUGGUAAGACUAUCAUGCAUUCUUUCCAGAUCUUCAUGUGUCACACAGGCUGUCUACCUGUCAAUCAUCCAUUUUUGUUUAAAGGCAUGUGCCCUGACGCAGCACUUUCAAAGCCCUGAUGAUCAGUGGAUUCUCAACGCUUGCAAAGUACUGUGUAUAGGGUAUUGCAGCUGAUGCCAGUCAGCGGUGCCUGCAAACCCCAUUUAGUCCAGUUGGUUUUUCACCUGCCUCACAUGUAUAUGAUGCCCAGUGCAGGGCAGGUGAGUGUGGCUUCACCAAAACAAUUUUGUGGGCCAAAUGAGGAGGCCUGGUGGGAUGAAUUAGGCUUGCAGGUCAGAGGUUCUCUGCUGCUUCCUUUGAGGUUUUUGUGCUCUUUCAGGAUGAAAUUCUGUUGCUAAAUCAUCUACACCAAACUAGUCUUCAAAAACUUCUUACUUUGUUACAUCAGACAACCUAGAAUUUCAUAACUCUUACAUUAUUAUUGAUGGGACGUGGGUGGCGCUGUGGGUUAAACCACUGAGCCUAGGACUUGCUGUUCAGAAGGUUGGCGGUUCGAAUCCCUGUGAUGGGGUGAGCUCCCGUUGCUCGGUCCCUGCUCCUGUCAACCUAGCAGUUCGAAAGCACAUCAAGUGCAAGUAGAUAAAUAGGUACCACUCCGGCGGGAAGGUAAACAGCGUUUCUGUGCACUGCUCUGGUUUGCCAGAAGCGGCUUAGUCAUGCUGGCCACAUGACCCGGAAGCUGUAUGCUGGCUCCCUUGGCCAGUAAAGUGAGAUGAGUGCCGCAACCUCAGAGUUGGUCACGACUGGACCUAAUGGUCAGGGGUCUCUUUACCUUUUUACAUUAUUAUUAGUGAGCACCAUGUGCAAAGACAUGGUCAGCCUUCCGUGCAGAUUUGUCCUGUUCUCUUGAGAUGCCCACUAGAGUGAUGUAAAGCAAAGACAAUGCCAGUCUUCACCCUAGAUCAGGGUUUUCCAAACUUGGGUCUCCAGUUUUUGGACUACAACUCCCAUCAUCCCUAGCUAGCAGGACCAGUGGUCAGGGAUGAUGGGAAUUGUAGUUCAAAAAACAGCUGGAUACCCUGGUUUGGGAAAACUUUUCCUAAAUGGUGGUUUUUGCCAACCUGUUACUCACCAGAUGUUUUGGACUACAACUCCCAUCAGUCACCCAAAAUCUCUGGAGAGCAACAACCUGGUGAAGAAUGACCUAUGGUAAUACUUUCCCCUCACGUUAAUAUUCAUCUUGAGAACUACAAGGAAGCAAAUAAAUAAAUAAAAAUAGGAUGCUGCACACCAUAGUCCUAUAAAUCCCAAAACAUAAAAAUAUGCAACAGUGAAAAGGAAUCCCUACAAAAAGUGUAAUUUUGAGGCAUCUGAGAGAAUGUUUUUUUUGUUGUUCCUGAAAAGCUUUUCAGAAUAUUUUAAAAGAGAGGCAGUGAUUUUCAACUUGGUAUUCCCAGACAGGUUUCUAAGGAACUUGAUGAAACCCCCCUGAAAGAAUUCGUCACAUGAUAAUGCAUCUGCUUUUUCUUUUCAGUAAUGAGAUGAAUACAUCUGUACUUGAUGAACAAUAAAGACCCAGGGCCUAAUACAUGCAGCUUUGAUAAUAAAAGAUUCAAAAUAAACAUUCCUCAGUUUUGCUAACGUUUGGUGGGAGGAAGGACAAAAACGCACCUAAUGAUGGAGCUGCUUCCUCUAAGGGAAAUGAUUACCAACAUUUCCCCCAUUUCAUAUAUUUUCCCAAGCUUUCUUUGCCUUGCAGAGAUUCUAGGACUUUAUGUAAGCUAUGCUAAAAAACAAACAAAAACAAAGUUCUCUCUUGGAUUGCUGUGCCUCUAACUAGCUAGGACAAUGCAAAUAUACAAUACUUCCAACAAUACCCAAACUAUAUCUUCUUUCUUCUUUGGCGAUCACUCGUAACCGAGCAAGAUUGUCUUCCACAAACAAGGUUUUAACAAUGAGUCCGUAAGUGACUGUGGAGGCCAAUUCUGGAUCCACAUGUCCUUCCACAGUGGGGAUAUUGGUUUCUGGGCAGGAGUUGAUCACAGUGUGGAUUUGCUAAGCGUGCCUUCCUCUUAGCACGUUUCUCCUUUGCGUCCUGAGUUUGAGCGUCUUCAAAGCCCAUGACACCUUCGGUAAAGGCUGUUCUCCAACUGGAGUGCUCGCAGGCCAGUUUUUCCCAGUUGUCAGUGAUUAUUGACCCGACUAAGGCUUUCAACAUUGUAAAUCGUAAUGCCCUGUGGACUGUCCUUCUGAAAAUUGGCUGCCCAGAUAAAUUUGUAAACAUCAUUCGGCUCCUCCAUGAUAAUAUGACAGCAACCAUCGCAGAUAACAAUGUCUCUCAAAGUGAACCAUUCACAGUGGGAUCAGGUGUUAAACAGGGUCGUGUUAUUGCCCCAACUCUAUUCAUUAUUUUCAUUGCCAUGAUCCUACACUUUGUCGAAGGGAAACUCCCCACUGGAGUAGAAAUCAUAUAUCGAACAUAUGGAAAGCUCUUCAAUCUGAGCAGGCUGAGUAAGAGUAAGGUUACCAGUUACAGGUAGGUAGCCGUGUUGGUCUGCCGUAGUCAAAACAAAAUAAAAAAAUUCCUUCCAGUAGCACCUUAGAGACCAACUAAGUUUGUUAUUGGUAUGAGAUUUCGUGUGCGUGCAAGAAGAAGAAGUGUGCAUACACACGAAAGCUCAUACCAAUAAGAAACUUAGUUGGUCUCUAAGGUGCUACUGGAAGGAAUUUUUUUAUUUUGUUUCGGGUAAGGUUACUGUAACUUCCAUCAUAGAGCUUCAGUAUGCUGAUGACAAUGUAGUGUUCACACGCUCAGAGGAUGACCUCCAAACCAUCCUAAAUACCCAAACUAUGUAUUAGCAUCGUUAUUGCUCAUGCAUUCUGGAUGGUAUUUUAAUGGAGAAAUUGCCAUUGCUGUUUGAAGUAACGUUUGGUCAGCAUUCCAGAUUAUGAACUCUUCCUUUUCCUCUUCCUUUUCUCCAGGCAUUUAUGCAUUUGGACUUUUUGCAACGGACAUCUUUGUAAAUGCCGGACAAGUGGUGACUGGGAAUCUUGCGCCACAUUUUAUUGCACUUUGCAAACCCAACUACACCGCUCUUGGAUGCCAGCAAUUUACGCAGUUCAUCAGUGGUGCAGAGGCUUGCUCUGGAAACCCAGAUCUUAUCAUGAAAGCCAGAAAAACAUUUCCUUCCAAAGAGGCAGCUCUGAGUAUAUAUGCAGCGACAUAUUUGGCCGUAAGUAAAGUAGACAGCCUCGUUCUGUGAUGCCUCGGCUGCUUCUUGAGCAACUACCGUAUCUUGUUCUUCCUAGUUUAUUUAAACUUGCUCUGCCUUAACACACAUGCCUCAUGGGUCAGGGGUGUACUGUGGGAGGUGCCAGGGGAGCCGUGGCCUCGGGUGCACAAUUGGGGGGACAUGAACACAGCGCCCCCCAGCACAGCCUGGACCAAUGCUCCUCUCUCAGUUGGCUGGCCGGGCUGCCCAUUGCUCGGGUGGGCAGCUGGCUCAGUGCAGCCCUAUUUUGCUCUUAUGGGGGCAAGCAGUGAGGGUUGGGCUGCUACCCUCCUGGCACAUGCACCCACUCGCCCCGGGACACAGCAACCAACACUACGCCACUGGUCAGUUUUGCAUUUCUUAAAAGUAUGAAGACGCGGGUGGUGCUGUGGGUUAAACCACAGAGCCUAGGACCUGCCAAUCAGAAGGUUGGCGGUUUGAAUCCCCGCGACGGGGUGAGCUCCCGUUGCUUGGUCCCAGCUCCUGCCUACCUAGCAGUUUGAAAGCACAUCAAAGUGCAAGUAGAUAAAUAGGUGCCGCUCUGGCGGGAAGGUAAACGCCGUUUCCGUUCGCCAGAAGCGGCUUAGUCAUGCUGGCCACAUGACCCGGAAGCUGUGCACUGGCCCCCUUGGCCAAUAAAGCGAGAUGAGCGGCACAACCCCAGAGUCGGCCAUGGCUGGACCUAAUGGUCAGGGUUCCCUUUACCUUUACCUUUAAAAGUAUGAAAUGCCUCUGUUUUAUUUACCAUGUGCAGGUGUUUGAAACAAGGGAUUUUGGAGGGGGCAGAGAACAGAUCAUGGGGACCUGCCUCACCCCUCCUGUAUCGGCACAUUAGAGUGUUUUGUUUGGCAUUGCAGCCCAUGAGAAGGGUAGAGUUCAACCUGUUUAGGCCAGGGAUGGGCACAAGAAGCUGGGAUAGCUCAGUUGGUAGAGCACGAGACUCUUAAUCUCAGCGUCAUGGGUUUGAGCCCUGUGUUGAGCAAAAUGAUUGCAGAGGGUUGGAGUAAAUGAACCUUGUGGUCCCAGAUUGUGUACAGGUAUGCGCUAGAUGAGGGAUGCCUUCUACAUAUGUUUUGGAAUACAAUUCCCAUAAUUCCUGACCACUGGCCAAGCUGGCUGGGCCGAUGGGAGUUGUAGUCCAUGAUACCUGGUGGACGCAACAGUGACUACCCCUCAUCUAGAGCAUGUCUGCAGACAAACUGGGACCCACCAGCUAUGGCAACAGCUCUAAGAAGUGUUUCAGAGUUAAAAUGUUAAAAUGACUGUAAAACGAUUGAAAUGUAUAUAACUGAAAAUCAUAAAUAUAUUAUUAUUAUUAUUAUUAUUAUUAUUAUUAUUAUUAUUAAAAAUGAAGUGUUUCAGAGUGUGGGGCGGGUCUGGGAUAGUUCCAGGCAAAUGCAAGACUCUUACCGUUUUGGACGUACUUAGCAUUCCACCUAGGUUCAUUUGUUCUUCAGAUGGACUAAAAUAAUUAACCAAAAUACCCAAGGACCGAUCUGAGAAAUGCAUCCACUGUCAGAUUGCGUUUGUCCCCAGAUUAAGCAAGGGCAUGUUUUAAGCUAUCAAAUGGAAUUUUCCUCCAGCUUCCCCCAUAAUGUUGGCACUGGAGUAGCAGAGAAUAAGGGUGGGGGAAAAGCUAAUUUCAUGCUGCUUUCCCUAGUUUCUGCUGGCCUGGUUUUAUGUGGAGUCCCAGCCACAAUCUAAGUCUUCCACAUGAGUGAAAAAUAGGCCUUGGGAGGGCAAUUUGACAACACUGAUGUUGACAUCUUUGGGUCUUUUUCAGCAGCCAGAAGAGCAUGAUCACAUGUCAGGGACUCUCAUAUGUACUUUAUUUAGGCUUGUAGGUUGCGAGUUGUACAUUUGAAUCAAUUAGGAAAUAACUGAUGGAAAGCAGGCAAGGAGAAAAAUUCCAGGCAUGCUGACACAGUUCUGGGUAGGGAGCGAAACUGAAGCAAUAUCGAGCGCCUCAUUAAAAUGAGUUAAAAUCAAGUGUAACGAGUAACAACAUAGCAAAAACUAAAUAGUCUAGCUCUCAAAAUGCCCUUUAUACAAGACUACCUGUGCCGCUGCAACCGCGUUUAUCUUGUCAAACUGUUUCCCUUACACUCAACAGCUUUCUCUGCUGAUUAUUUCAGGAAUAAUUCUACGGUGGAAACAUUUUCCUUUUCCUGAGAUCAAGUACAAAUAAGAAAUGAGUCAGAUCUCACACAAAGCAGGCUGUGUCACACAUUCUUUUGUGGCCCAAAGUCUUUUCACAAAUUCUUGGGUGUAUGCCAACUAGAAAUAUUGAGAAUUAAGAUGGGAGGGAGAGAAAUACCAAAAGCAUAGGGAAGAGAAAUACUCUUUGGUUAUUCCCCAUAGUAUAUUUUCUUUUAUUUUUUAUUUUUUUUAAAGACUGAAAACUUAUAUAAAAGCUACUUAAAAAUAGUUUCUGCUUUCAAAAAGUUACUGGCAUGCACUUGAGCACUUGUGCUGCAAUUUCAGUGCAGGUAAAGCUUCAGAUUUGUGUCAUUACUAGAAAUACACAUGGCUCAUAUCUACCAGGAGUCAUGUGUGGUGAGUCCAAUUCCGUGAAUUCCCCUCCCAGCUGAGAUCAGUCAUCUCUCCCCUGCUCCCCCGAUUGAAGUUUAUUAUUAAGUAUAUUUGCACAUUGCCCUUCAUCUGAAGUUCACAGAGUAGUUCACAAUAUAAAGAUUUUUUUAUGUAAAAUAAUUUUAAGUAAAAUGAAGUCUGCUUUUCUGUUGGAUCCCAUUGGUAUGUCUUCUGUAAUCCCUGUUGCAAACUCAGUGGUGUAUAAAUUAUAUAAAGAACAAAGUGCAUACAAGUGACUUAGAAAAAAUAAAUCUGUUAGCAUCUAAAGCCUUGGUCAAACAGCCUGCACAACUUACGGUUCACGAGUCCAAAGGUAGUCGCAAAGUAUGGACUUGAGGAACUUCCUGGUUUUUUUACUUCCUGCCAAGCACGCAGUAGUCACCAAGACAUGGGAGGCUACAUAUCUGGGUAAUGAAUUAUGUCCUGUCUUUGGAGGUUUGGAACAGGGAGUGGGAUACUGCCAUGGUUGCAGCGGGCCAACAGGUGGACCCGGUAAUAAUAAUAAUAAUAAUAAUAAUAAUAAUAAUAAUUUAUUAUUUGUACCCCGCCCAUUUGGCUGGGUUUCUCCAACAAAGAUUAAAAAUACAUUAAAAACAUCCCUGAAAAAGGCUGCCUUCAGCUGUUUUCUAAAUGUCAGAUAGUUGUUUAUCUCUUUGACAUCUGACGGGAGGACGUUCCACAGAGCAGGCGCCACUACCGAAAAGGCCCUCUGCCUGGUUCCCUGUAUCUUUGCUUCUUCCAAUGAGGGAACUGCCAGAAGGCCCUCAGCGCUGGACCUCAGCAUCCAGGCAGAACGAUGGGGGUGGAGACGCUUCUUCAGGUAUACUAGGCCGAGGCCAUUUAGAGCUUUAAAGGUCAACACCAACACUUUGAAUUGUGCUCGGAAACAUACUAGGAGCCAAUGUAGGUCUUUCAAGACUGGUGUUAUGUGGUCUCGGUGGCCGUCACCAGUCUAGCUGCCGCUUUCUGGAUUAAUUGCAGUUUCCGGGUCACCUUCAAAGGUUGGCCCACGUAGAGCGCAUUGCAGUAGUCCAAGCGGGAGAUAACCAGAGCAUGCACCACUCUGGCAGGUAGGGUCUCAGCCUGUGUACCAGGUGGAGCUGGUAGACAGCUGCCCUGGACACAGAAUUGACCUGCACCUCCAUGGACAGCUGUGAGUCCAAAAUGACUCCCAGGCUGUGCACCUGGUCCUUCAGGGGCACAGUUACCCCAUUCAGGACCAGGGCAUCCUCCACACCAGCCUGCCCCCUGUCCCCCAGCCCCCUGGCUGGCAGAGGAGGGUAGGGGUGGCGUGGCUCACCUGGCUUCUCAGCUGUUGCCAUUAACUGAGAGGGGAGAGGCACUAGGCUGGUUGGUGCAAUGCAGGUGCUGCGUUAGGAGUGUCCGAUGGGCUCCUGUGCUGCCCUGGCACUGCAGAAUCUGCAGCAGUUUCUUCACCACAUUGAUUCCCUCUGGGGCAUCCAGGUAAAUAGCAGUGCCCCACCAGCUGCUGCUGGGUAUGCCAGUUGGCAUACGUGAAUAGGGAGCAGGGAAAUAACUUGGGUAUCAUCCAGGGCUACUUCACCAGCCCACCAGAAACAUCCAGUGGGGGUGGGUGGGCAGGACUAUGGAACUUGAAGACCAGCAUAGAGUCAAAUUAAUUUGAAACCCAUUAUCAUGAGUAUUACCGUAUUUUUCUGUGUAUAAGACUAGUCCCCCCCCCCAAAAUGUCAAAAAUUAGGGGGCGUCUUGUACAUGGGUACAUCUUCCCCCAUUUUCUUAAAUCUGAGUCCCCCAAAAUAGGGGGUGUCUUAUACAUGGGGGCAUCUUAUAGACGGAAAAAUACAGUAUUUGUUACAUUUGAAUGCCACCCUUUAUUUGAAGAUCACAGCGUAGUUCACAACAUAAAAAUCGAAAACAAAAUACAUAAUACAUAAAUACAUUAUAAAAACAAAAACAAGCCAAUAAGCCGCCUUCCACGAUCCAACACAUGGGUACUUGCUGAGUUCAAUAGGACUGACUACCUAAGUGGGCGUCUAGGUUUUAAGAUACAGAUAAUCAUUAAGGCAUCUUAAUGAUGCUUCAUCCCCUUGAUCAUCUAAACCAGGAAAAACCAUUUAGGCUAGUGACCAGCUUACAUUGGCUAAUUCCAUAAGUUCAAUAACUGUUGAGUGAAGAAACAUUGCAUGCUGUGUUAGGAUCCAACAGUGACCUUAUGAAGUGACCUUGCAUAUGGGUACUGUGGGUUGGGAAUAUGGUACCUCUGAUCUCCUAAACAACAGCAGUGUAAGCAUGGCCUUUUAGGCUGCUGGAGGCUAGGAUUGAACAAUGGAGAACAAUGGAGAAUGGUAGCCACUGUAAUGAGUAGCGUAUUGGACAUGGACUUGGGAGGUCAGGGUCAGACAUCUGAAACUUGUAGGACAGAUGGAGAACACAUAGUCCUCCAGAUGUUCCUCACCUGCAUAACAAACAACAUUUAGAGGGACGCAGGUUUUGGGCCACCACCUUCCACCCUAGCAUUUCUCAUGGUGGUUGUGAGGAGAUGAAAUGGUGAAAACUCAGGAAAGCAGCCCUGACCUCCUUGGUGGAUGGGUGAGAGAGAAAAGUACACAAAUAUCCAAUUUUACUCACGUUCAGUUCUAUGCAUUCUGCACUCUUAACUGAGAGGAGUAGCCAAUGUUAUGUCUCACACCAUUAUGCCCAUGUUAAUUAUCUCCAGGGUAUCUUCUAGCUUUUAAAUAUCUUAGCAUAUUGUUUUAUUAACAAUAGGCUCCCUUUUUUCGCCACUGUUUAGUGUGGGUUGAUGCUGCUAUGACAACUUGGGACUUUCUCUCCUGCUGGAUAUGCAGCCUUCUACCAACAGCUUUUAUAUUGCCUGUUUGGAAAACUUCGUGGUUAUUUAUUUUGUACUGUUGUUUUUUAACCAAGAAUCUCCCAGGAAAGAUGGGAAUGUUGUGGAAGUUUAGGAAAUUGCCUCCUUACCUUCUCUCAUGUGUAAAACACUCUAAAUCAAUUUAUUUUGAACUUUUGGACACACUAGCAAAAUAAAUACACUAUGGGGGGGAAAUCAAAUUGGAUAUCAUCAUUUAUGAAGAGUUUUAUCCCCUCUACUUUUGCUACUUUCCAAUGUGAUACAAUUUGUUCUGUUAGGGAUGUUGGAAUUGGCAUCAGCUUGUAAAUCUGUUUCAGUAAACACUACUUGUCUCAUCUGUCAGGGAACUGCCAUCGGACGGAAGGGAGGUGAAAGGGCUCACACAGGUUGGGAGAGACGCAGCAGCUGAAGAGGGAACCAGCAGGGAGGUGAAAGGGCUCACACAGGUUGGGAGAGACGCAGCAGCUGAAGAGGGAACCAGCAGGGAGGUGAAAGGGCUCACACAGGUUGGGAGAGACGCAGCAGCUGAAGAGGGAACCAGCAGGGGAGAGGAGCUGAGCUGGAGGGAUGGCUCAGAGACACUUCCAGCGAAAACAGUGGGGAGGUUUCAGGACCUCCUGUAAGAACACCCACUCCUCGCCGGAAACUGUCACGCAGAGAGUCCAGAAGACGUGUUUCCGUUAAGGAGCUUUUAUGUUGGAAGCGAUUACGAAAGCAACCACUGUCGGAAUCUGCUAGUGACUAGAGGGGCCAUGUCUGAGGGGCUCCGUCACAGACAGAGGUUUGUGGACUUGAACAAACUCUGAGGGGAUACGAUUUUACGCACAAGCAGCUCAUCAUCUCAUCACAGCAUUCCGACAGUCUUUGAAAGCAGCUUGUGCAGGAGAAGGCAUCAUGAGCAACCCAGCCGGAACCGGAGAAGCAGGAGCUGGAGUGGGUCCAAGCCUGGAAGAAAGGUACCGGGUGUUGGAGGUCCAGCUAGCGAUGCAGACGGCGAGGCUUGAGGAGAGGAGGGCGCAGGAUGCAGACAAAAGGGAAAGCCACCCAGCUCGCCAGAAAGGUACCAGGAUUGGUGCAGAAGUUUGGGGGGGAGCCCAAAAACUAUCAUGGCUUUCGGACAGAAAUGCAAUAUGCCCUCAAUCUGCAGUUUGAUGAAUUCCCUGACGAGGAAUCACGAGUGGCUUUCGUGAUUGAGCAUCUUGAAAAGGGGGCGAGAGACUGGGUUAGACCCCUGAUGGCAGCGAACAGUGACGUCCUAAAGGACACAAUGAAGUUCUUUCGCGCCAUGGAUCUGAUGUUUUCCAGCGAUAUUGAAAAGGGAGUGGUGCGCAGACAGUUAAUGGCUUGCAAACAGGGGAGCCGAUCUGUCCGUGAGUACUGGACUGAGUUCACCAUGCUUGUUCACAGAUUGGGGUGGGACUUAUCGGCGGAACCCAUUCAAAUGCUCUUUGAAGAAGGGCUUUCUUCGGCUGUGAAAGACGAACUUUCCCGGGCGCCCAGGGUGGAGUCUAUGGACCAGCUGACCAAAUCAGCGCUGGCCAUAGGAGCGCGCCAGGAGGCGAGAGCAUUGGAGAGGCGGGAAGGGAAAGGGGAACGUUGGAAGGAGUUCCGCAUUCCAGACAUUCCAGAGCCAACUUUCCCACCGGCAGAGCCGAUGGAAAUCGGAACAGCGCGCGCGCGCAGUUUCAAAGCCCAGUGAGGGGGAAAAAGGAGGAAAAGGCGCCCGGAAAUGCUAUCUCUGCCAACAGCCAGGUCACUUUGCCAGAGUCUGCCCUCAGAGGAAAGAAUGGCAAGGGAUGGUAGGAGCUGUGGAUGGAAGAGAGGAAGAUAUACCGGAGCAAGUAAAAGCCAACGCCUGGCUGCCAUUGUCGGGGCACAGCAGCCAGGCCAAAGAGCAGUGAGAGUGCCCACGCCAGAACCUCCUAAACCCGCCCUAGUGAUAGAAGUGACGCUAGAGCUGCCAAACGGACACCCUCUAAAGAUAAAGGCGCUGUUGGACUCAGGCAGCUCCUGCAAUUUCAUGAGCAAAGAGUUUGCAGCUGAACACCAGAUACAGACGAUCCCUUUAAGCAGCCCCCUGCAGGUGACCACGAUCGAUGGCAGGGAGUUGUUGGGAGGAGAAGUCAGCUUGCAGACCGUCCCAAUGAUAAUGAAGGUAGCAAGGCACACCGAACUGAUAGCUUUUAAUGUGGCCACCUUGGGAGGAGCUCCCAUUAUAUUGGGGAUGAGCUGGCUAGCGUUACAUGAUCCGCUGGUGGGCUGGCAUCAGAGAGUGGUUUCUUUUGGUUCAGCACAUUGCUUAGAACACUGCAAAGAGGGAAAGGGUUUGGCAGGGGUCCAAGCCACCCUAGCAGGGACUGAAGUAACAGAGAACGUGAAGGUACCACGACAAUAUGCAGAUCUCCGUGACGUCUUCAGCGAAAGGAAGCUGACCAACUACCCCGCAUAGACCCUUUGACUGUCAAAUCAAUUUACUCCCUGGAGCACAGCUCCCUGUAGGCAAGCUGUACGCCAUGUCAGACAGAGAGAUGCAGGAGUUAAGAGAGUUCAUUGACAAGAACCUGAAGAGAGGGUUCAUCAGAGAGUCCAGGGCGGUGGGGGCAGCCCAGUGUUUUUGUGGAUAAGAAAAACACGAACAAGCCGAGGCUGGUGUGUGACUUCAGGGCCUUAAAUGCAGUGUCAGAACCAGUAGCCUUCCCUAUGCCCAGGAUUGACGACAUUUUGACAAGGGUGCGGAGGGAAAGAUUUUCACAAAGCUGGACCUAAGGGGGGCGUACAACCUGGUACGAAUAAGGAAGGGGGAUGAAUGGAAAACCACUAUGUUCACCCCUUUAGGGGCAUUUGAAUAUUUGGUUAUGCCCUUCGGCCUACAAGCAGGCUCCGCAACAUUUCAAUCGUUUAUGAACCACGUCCUGGGGCCUUUGCUUUACAAGAAUUGUGUGGCCUUUUUAGACGACGUGUUGGUGUAUUCUGAGAAUGAGGAGCAGCAUGUGAGAGACGUCAGAGAAGUGUUGAGCAGGCUGCAAGCCAACCAGCUGUGGGUGAAACUGGAGAAGUGUCAGUUUCAUACCAAGGAGGUGGAAUUCCUGGGGUAUCGCCUGUCUGACAAGGGAUUGGCCAUGGAUCCCGGCAAGGUCCAGGCGGUGCUGGAAUGGAAAACACCCAAAACAAAGAAGGAUGUGCAGAGGUUCCUAGGAUUUGGGAACUUCUAUCGUAAGUUCAUCCGAAACUUUGCCCACCUGACGGCGCCCAUUACGGACUGUCUCAGCAGUAAGAAGAAGUUCGUGUGGACUGAGGAGGCGGAGCGAGCAUUUGAGGAACUAAAAAGGGCCUUCGCCUCGGAACAACAACUCCUGCAUGUGGAUUUACAAAAACCGAUGAGAGUGGAAACUGACGCAUCAGACAGAGCGAUUGGGGCGGUGCUUCUGCAGCCAGGGAAGAAGGGGUCAGAGUGGAGACCGUGUGCCUUUUUUCGCGAAAGCUGAACAAAUCCGAGAGGAACUACACGGUGUAUGACCGAGAACUACUAGCCAUUCAUGAGGCGUUCCGGAGAUGGAGGCACCUGCUAAUUGGCGCACAACAUAAGGUGCAAGUGUGCACUGACCACAAGAACUUAGAGUAUUGGAGGACGGCACGAGUGCUCAACCAACGGCAAGUGAGAUGGGCCCAGGAGUUCUCCAAAUUUAACUUUGAGAUUAAUUACGUGCCAGGCCCAGAGAACAUUAGGGCGGACGCUCUCUCACGCAAACCAGAAUCUUUGGAGGGGGAGGGGGCACCCGAAGAGAGACAUGUCAUUCCAGAGGACCGCUGGGUGUGUGGGGCGGCAUUGGUGGGACAAAGAGAACUGGUAGAGGAAACAGAGAAUGAUGAAUACGCCCAGAAUAAGCUCAGAGGUCUUAGGAGUGAGGGAGAGGAACCAGGGGGUUUCGAGGAAAGAAAUGGAGCUUUGUAUUACAAAGGGGCACUGUAUAUCCCUGAAGGAGAGUUAAGGGGAGGGUACUCAAGCAGUUGCACGACAGCCCUACGGCGGGGCAUUUUGGACAACACAAAACCAUGUGGUUGGUCACCAGGGAAUUUUGGUGGCCUAAGGUGAGGGAAGAUGUACGUGAGUAUGUAAGAGGGUGCGAGCAAUGCCAGAGAGCCAAAGGGGAAAGGCGGGCGCCGGCGGGGCUAUUAGAACCCUUACCAACCCCAGAACGACCUUGGGAGGCAGUGUCGAUAGAUUUUAUGACUGAUCUGCCGAAGUCCAAAGGGAAAACAGCCAUCAUGGUGGUGGUAGACCUACUAACAAAGAUGUGCCACUUUGUAGCUUGCUCGCAUGCAGUCACGGCGGAAGAGACAGCGAAGUUAUUUGUAGAACACAUUUUUAGGUUGCACGGGGUGCCAUUGAGGGUGGUCUCAGACCGAGGAAAACAAUUUACUUCCAGGUUCUGGAGGAAGCUCAUGAGCUUACUGCAGGUGGAGGUCAAUUUUUCGACUGCCCGGCACCCUGAAACCAACGGGCAGGCGGAAAGAGCAAACGGUGUCCUCCAGCAAUACCUGAGGUGUUAUGUCAAUGACAGAGAGAAUGACUGGGUAGAAAAGUUGGCGCUGGCGGAAUUUGCCUACAACAAUGCCGAGAAUGUGUCCACAGGGAUGAGCCCCUUCUUGGCUAAUUAUGGGUGUCAUCCCAGGGCUUUCCCAGGGGAGAUGGGGGAGAGAUGGAGCGUCCCGGCAGCCGAGCAUUUUGUGGAAGAAAUGGAAGCAAUCCAUCGUCAGCUCCAACUCAACUUAGAAAGGGCGAAGGAAGAAUACAAGAGGCAGGCAGACAAGAACCGAAGGGAAGGUGAAACCAUAAGGGUGGGAGAUAGGGUGUGGCUGUCAACCCAAGGGUUGCCGUUCAAAGGAGGUUGUAAGAAAUUAAGACCCAGGAGGUUGGGUCCCUUUGAGGUCAUUCAACAGGUCAACCCAGUGGCUUUCAGGCUCCGGUUACCCAACCACAUGAAACUGCACCCAGUAUUUCACAGGUCGUUACUGUCACCGUACGAAAGGGGACGAGAAGGGCUGGCCACUCGGGGACCGGUCAUAGAAGAAAGAGAAUGCAGCAGCCAUGUGGCAGAAAUCCUCGACGCCAGGUGGAAGGGGAUCAGGUGGAGUAUUUGGUAGCGUGGGAAGGAGAACCGGAGUCAGAAAACACUUGGGUAAUGGCCGAAGAUAUCAAUGACGAGGUAUUGAUAGAAACGUUCCAUCAAAGGUUCCCAAGGAAACCUCAGCCUGUGGAGAGGUUCCGGAGGGAAUACUUUGGGACCACUGAUGAGGAGGAGGUGUACUUCGAGACCAGGAACCGCAACAGGUUGAGAGAAGUGUUCGAGACAUCGGAAGAUGAAGGAAGUUCAUUCCGGGGUUUUGCCUCCUCACCGCCCGUAGAGGAGGGGGCGAGAGGGGGUGAAGGGGGCCCUGGAGGGGAGGUGGAUGUCAGGGAACUGCCAUCGGACGGAAGGGAGGUGAAAGGGCUCACACAGGUUGGGAGAGACGCAGCAGCUGAAGAGGGAACCAGCAGGGAGGUGAAAGGGCUCACACAGGUUGGGAGAGACGCAGCAGCUGAAGAGGGAACCAGCAGGGAGGUGAAAGGGCUCACACAGGUUGGGAGAGACGCAGCAGCUGAAGAGGGAACCAGCAGGGGAGAGGAGCUGAGCUGGAGGGAUGGCUCAGAGACACUUCCAGCGAAAACAGUGGGGAGGUUUCAGGACCUCCUGUAAGAACACCCACUCCUCGCCGGAAACUGUCACGCAGAGAGUCCAGAAGACGUGUUUCCGUUAAGGAGCUUUUAUGUUGGAAGCGAUUACGAAAGCAACCACUGUCGGAAUCUGCUAGUGACUAGAGGGGCCAUGUCUGAGGGGCUCCGUCACAGACAGAGGUUUGUGGACUUGAACAAACUCUGAGGGGAUACGAUUUUACGCACAAGCAGCUCAUCAUCUCAUCACAUCAUCCUUCAUUUUCAACAGAAACCCAAAAGCCAAGUACAGUCAUAACCCUUAACUAUGGCUAGUGAUAAUCAUGGUAUGUUGGUUAACACCCCCAACACCCAGUGGCUAAGUGAUGAGAUUUGGCUUCCCUUGGAGAACAAUGAGCCCAGCAAUUGUCACCUCCGGGCAUUUCCUGGAGUGUAUACAUGUCUUCAAGCUUGGGGAGUUGGCAGGGGAAAGAGUCCUUUUUCCAAGGGCAAAAUGGUGUUGGAAUGGAGGAACUUGGCAAAGGUUUUGAUUUUAUAUGAUUCAUAAAGCUAGGUAUAUUCCCUGAGCUGUCAAAUCGAAAGGAUACAUUCAGGCAUAAUAUUUGUAAUUGUUAACAACUUUAAAGAUGUGCCCCCCCCCCGUAAUAUUCGUAACAGUUUGGUUCUGUUAUUGUUUGUAUGUUCAUGUGUUAGCUUGUAGAUAUAAGGUAAAAUAAAACAAAUAAAGGAACAACCAGGCCAGCAUGGAAAGGUCGGCGAGAGGGCCAUUUUGGGUUUUGGUGGGCCACAGGUUGUAGCAAGCUUGCCCUUGACACAUUCCUUGCAAAUAGGACUGCUGGCUUUCACUUUGGUGAUUGUGCUGGUCCUUUUGAAAGCUCUCAGGCAGGAUGAAAGGAUUCACCCACUGGAUCAUUUGCAGUGACUUCUCCCCUGGGCCCCCACUGCUCAUUCACACAGGUUGAGAGAUGGGAGAGAAGGGAAAGGAACUGUUGAGGCAGCAACGGGGACUCAGAAAUUUCUCCAAGCUAGUCUCUUGUCUUCAGGCCAUGCCCUUCCUCAGCCCCGCUUCCUCAGAUGUUUUUGCCUUGGCUGGAAGGUGUGCUUGAACUCUUGACAAUGCUUCUUGUUUCCCUGGAUAGAAGUUAGGGGUGUGUGACUGUGUGCAUAAACUACUGUGCAAAGGUAAAAUUUACAUUCCUUUACUCGCCUACUUUUCUUUCUAGUCCCACCCACUACAGUGGUACCUCGGGUUAAGAACUUAAUUCGUUCUGGAGGUCUGUUCUUAACCUGAAAGUGUUCUUAACCUGAGGUACCACUUUAGCUAACAGAGCCUUGUGGCGCCGCCAUGCGAUUUCUGUUCUCUUCCUGUAACCUGAAGCGUCUGUAACCUGAAGCGUCUGUAACCUGAAGCGUCUGUAACCUGAGGUACCACUGUACUGGCAUUUGGCCCUCAGAAGGUUGGCCAGAAGGGAAUGUGGCCCUUGGUUCCCCAUCCCUAAAUUUAGGGCGGCAGAAGGAAGGAGCCACAAGUGCAGACCCUCGCCCUGUUAGAGCACUGUAAGGAGCAGAAAGAAGGCUCAGGUUGACACCUGAGAUUCCUACUUCUAAUUUGCCUCUGUUUUAAUAAAACAAUGAAAGGGAACAGGACACAAGGACACACACGUUGUUUUCCCCUUCCCUACCAGUUCUGCUUGUUGCUCGUAUUCUUUGAUAAAGGAGCAAGACUCCUUGACCUAUUAACUGCUUUUUUGACUAUGAAAAAUGGCCGAGGCUGCGAUUCUGGACAAGAGCAGAAGGCGUGACACUAAUUGGCUAACACCGCUGAGCGAUUGAUCUCCUGCCCUCCAAUUCCAGUUGUUCAUGAAGUCCUUCUGCAUACUUCCUCUCAUCUCACAUAUGUGUGGAGGCACUGCAGGAGGCUGUCGUUUCAGCGGUAUGAUGGUGACGCUGCUUUCUCCCUCGCUUCCAGAUGGCACAGUCUUUCAGCUCACUCCCCUCCACCACACCUCUCUGCUUCCCAACGGCUUGCUCUGAGGCUGGGUGAUGAAUAGCUGCUGGCUGAAUAUCAAUGCAAACAAGGAGGAGGUGGUCCCGUAGAAAACAUUUGGAGGAAAUGCCAUCGUGGGGACUGCUUGGAAGUUGGGCUAUACAUUAAAGAUAGAUAGAUACGAUAGAUGAUAGAUAGAUAGAUAGAUAGAUGAUAGAUAGAUAGAUAGAUAGAUAGAUAGAUGAUAGAUGAUAGAUGAUAGAUGAUAGAUAGAUAGAUAGAUGAUAGAUAGAUGAUAGAUAGAUAGAUAGAUAGAUAGAUAUAGAUAGAUAGAUAGAUAUAGAUAGAUGAUAGAUAGAUAGAUAGAUGAUAGAUAGAUGAUAUAGAUAGAUGAUAGAUAGAUAGAUAGAUAGAUAGAUGAUAUAGAUAUAGAUGAUAGAUAGAUGAUAGGUAGAUAUAGAUGAUAGAUAGAUGAUAGGUAGAUAUAGAUGAUAUAUAGAUAGAUAGAUAGAUAGAUAGACAGAUGAUUAGAUGAUAGAUAUAGGCAUUUUACUUGCUUGAUGUACAGUGGUACCUCGGGUUACAUACGCUUCAGGUUACAGAUGCUUCAGGUUACAGACUCCGCUAACCCAGAAAUAGUACCUCAAGUUAAGAACUUUGCUUCAGGAUGAGAACAGAAAUUGUGCUCCAGCGGCAUGGCAGCAGCAGGAGGCCCCAUAGGCUAAAGUGGGGCUUCAGGUUAAGAACAGUUUCAGGUUAAGAACGGACCUCUGGAACGAAUUAAGUACUUAACCCGAGGUACCACUGUAAUUGGUUUUCCCUCUACCUAAAUUCAUACCUGUUUCCAGUUAAGCCAAGCUGGAGUUGAAAAGCUCUUGUAUUUUUUUCAGGUAACAAGUGAUAAUUAAAAGAUCCCCCCCCAAACUCUAUGGAAGGGCUGUAGCUCAGUGACACAGCAUCUGGUUUGCAUGUAGAAGAACCAGGUCUAAUCUUCAGGUCUGGUUGGAAAACAACCCUGUCUGAAACCCCAGAGAGUUACUGCCAGUCAGUGUGGACUAUACUGAGCAAGAUAGCGCAGUCAUCUGACUUGGUAUAAGUCAACUUCCUAUGUUCCUGUGUUGUGGUUACAGGUUGUCUCCAUGUCUAGCAAGUUCAGAUAGAGCCUCAAUACUUCAUCCCACGACAUACUUCUCAAAGCAUACUUCUCAGUUGUAUACACAGGAGCCAUGUUUGCUGCACACCAGCAAACUGUAUCUGCACAAAUAAAGUGUUCUUCUAAGAAUACCAGUUGCUGGGGAUCACAAGUGCGAAGAGUGCUGUUGCAUUGAGGUUUUGCUUGUGAGCUUCCCAUUGGCAUCUGCUUGGUCAUUGUGACAACACUAUGCUUGACUAGAUGGGCCUUUGCCCCGAUCCAGCAGGGGCGGCUCUUCCUGUAUUCUUCAGAAAAUACCCAAAUAGUACUGCCGCACAAAAUGUGAAUCUCAGACAUCAGUGCAACCCUGCCCUACAAUCAUGUCAGCUUUGUUCAAUGAAGAUCUUUGUACCCACAUAAAGCUUUGGAUGGGGGAAAGAAAUGGAAGAAAUUUGAGGUUAUCCUUUGAGGGUUAGUUUCCUUAUGGCUAUAGCCUGGUUGACACGUAAUGCUAAACCACAGUUUAGCCUUUUUAAGCAUAAGCUCAUGUGUUCACCCUUCCCCUUGUCCUGUAUGCCUGCAAGGAGCCUGAAAGCUUUGUCUUCAGUUUUCAACUAACCAUAGUUACUGGUUAUUUGACAACUGUGGUUAGGGUGAACUAUGGUCUAGGAAAACUAGCCAGAAUCAUUAACCACAAUUUGAGGUCUGUUGGUUUCCCUAAACUAGGCACAUCCUUGGAUUUAGAGGUCACCCCCAGCUAUUACCAUGAUUUCUCCCCUGAUGCUACACUUCCUGCUUCUUUGUUUGGCAGCCAUGCUCUCCUCCAGGGCUGGGAGAGCUGGCCAGGCCUGUUGGUGAUUUAAAAAUGGAGCCUGAAGGGAGUGGGAAAGCAAUUGCACUCUGUAGUCACAUACUAUAGUUCCCUUUCCACUUAUUGUCAGGAGUUCAGCCUACACUCGAGUAGGACCCUGGCAGAGACACAUGCCCGACUGGCAUCUUCCCUCCCUCCUGGUCGAUCGCUCGGGAGCUUCAUAAGCUUUCUUCAGCCCAAACAUCACAGCGACCGAUGCCAACCGACACCGGCACACUUAGGGAUCUGCAGAGUUUGCGCAACUUGCGUGUAACAGACCUCAGCGACUCAGCAUUUUGGCUAAUCUACUUUAUUUACAUAUAAACACACAUGGAGCACUGCAACAUGGCUCUCUCUGGCGUCAGACAGCAAAAAGAAAAAGAACAAAGGACAAUAGUUCCACUUCAUGGAACACAGUAACACAAACAUCCUGUUUCCGUCACUUCCCACUCUCUGGAGUCAAAACAUAUACCGUUAUGUGAUAGACAAAAAUCCCAUGACCGCAAUCAUAGAUCAGGAAUUCUAACAUCCUCCCCCAAUUCAUGCUCUGUUUUGCAGUCAUCAGUGUAACUGCAACAACCAUACAGAUGUCAUACACACAGUAUACCCCGUAUCACCUGUUCCACCCUUGGAACUACCUGCAACUGGAUUAGCCUUGGGGGCCUGCCUGAUGCCUCCGUCUCCCUGGCAGUAUCCCAACACUUCUUUGCAGCUCCAUUAUCAAAACAGCAGCUGACCAUCCAAGUUAUCUCUUGUCAAGUUAUCAAUAAAAGUGUCACUUGGAUUUGAAAGUGCAUUUUCCUUCUGGUGUUUUAAAAACAGCAAUGGUUUCCCUUGGGAGGUUAGCAGCAAGGUUGGACACCCGACCUUGGCUCAAUCCAGAAGAAGAAAUGAGAGCGGGGAAACUCUGGUCAUCUCUCUCUGAGUGUGGAAGCUCCAGAGGUCGCAGAAUUUGGUCCUCAAAUCCAUUCCUAGCAGCGCCACUGUGCUAAAUCACAACUAACAUUAACCACAGUUUUGUGUAAGGUUUUUAUGUAGUGAGCAACCAUGGUUAAUGGACUAUAGAAGCGAAAGGGGGAAGAGGGAAGUACAGGAAUCCACAUUGCCGCAUGUCCUCUUAAUGCUCAACUUCAGUUGAGCAUUACAUGCAAACACAGUCAUCGUCAUUUACUGUUUUUCUUACGGUAAUACUGCUUGCGUGGUCAGAAAUCUAAAAUCUGAGUUGUGUGCAUUUCAUAAAUACUUCAUUAAAUGAAAAACUAAAUUGAUAAUGAAGCAUCUGAGCCCUUGGCAUACAGGUACUUUUUUGAGAUACAAAGCGAAGCGACGUUCAUUAUUCAUUAGCAGUGUUUGUUUUCUUACCUUGAUGUGGGCUUUGCGUUGCACAGGAAAAGUUCAGCUCAUUGUUGUCUUCUGGUAAUCUGUGUAAUAAACAAAUAUAAUUAGGCCGGGUCAGUUUCAGGGAGAUUUAUCACUUGCCUUGCAGUGAAGUUUUAUCCUUUAAGGUGCUAGGAAGAUGUAAAUCUUAAUUCGUUCCGGAGGUCCGUUCUUAACCUGAAACUAUUCUUAACCUGAAGCACCACUUUAGCUAAUGGGGCCUCCCACUGCUGCCGCACCACGAGAACACGAUUUCUGUUCUCAUCCUAAAGCAAAGUUCUUAACCUGAAGCACUAUUUCUGGGUUAGCGGAGUCUGUAACCUGAAGCGUAUGUAACCCGAGGUACCACUGUAUAUAAAAUGACAAAAUACAUGAUAAAAGCAAGAACAAAACCCACAAACCAGUAAACCUCCCCCCCCCUGCAAAAAAUAAAAAGUACAUUUAAAGGGGUAGAAGAUGUUAAUCAGCCCAGACACUGAGGUCCAGCUCUAAGGGCCUUCUGGCAGUUCCCUCACUGUCAGAAGUGAGGUUACAGGGAAGCAGGCGCAGGGCUUUCUCUGUAGUGGCGCCCGCCCUGUGGAAUGACCUCCCAUCGGAUGUCAAGGAAAUAAGUAACUAUACAACCUUUAGAAGACAUCUGAAGGCAGCACUGUAGAGGCUGGUUUUUAAUGUUUUAUUAUGCCUUGUAUAUGCUGGAAGCUGUCCAGAGUGGCUGGGGCAACCGAGUCAGAGGGACAGGGUACAAAUAAUAAAAUUAUUAUUAUUAUUAUUAUUAAAGGCCUGGUUGAAGAGUAACGUUUCCAUCUGGCGCCUAAAGUUGUAUAAUGAAGGUGCCAGCUUGCCCCUUCAUCCUUCUAAAUCAUGCCUGCCUUUGCCACUUUUCAAGGUAUUAGGUGGAUACCCAAUUCGUAUUCUCUCAUCUCCCACCAGAUGCCUAGUCCAACCUUUAGGCUGCUUAAAUCCUGUUGAAGUCGGUCGGAUUUAAACAGCUUGGCUGUGCAGAAGCUUACAGCUUUUGUUUCGAGUAAAAGGAAGGAGAGGGGAAAACAAGCUUAGCUGUCCUACUUGCAACCCUGAAGUCGUAUCUGUAGAGUCACAAUAAUACAGUGAUUACUAUAUUGAUCAAGAACCCGAGAUUUUUAUUUUUAUUUAAUGAAAAACUAAGCCUGCAGUCACAAGAAUUGGCUGUUCAUUUCGAAACCUGUGAAAUUCAGCUCUUCCUCCUUCUAUAUUUAUUUACACCCACUUUCUUGACCUGCCCUGUCUCUUGUACUUAUUAUCUUUUUCCUUGGCAGGAACUGGAUAUAAGGGCUUUCAGGAAAGGAAGUUGUUCUGGUGUUGUUCAUCCUUACAUUGUGCUCAGCCUGCCCUGAAGGUCUUUGUGAAUUUUGAUGAAACUGAUGAGGACUCAGCUAUACAGCUACAAAUAAAACGUUUUGAAUGUGUUGUAAAGUGCAGCGCACAAUUGUGCCAUUAGAUGGCAAAAGUGAGCUAUGCCAAAUUCAAUAUAUCUUUUGAAACGUUAAUGUGUUUUAUAUUGCCCCACUCCCUCCCUCCCUCUUUUAUUUUAUUUAACAAUAUAUAUAAAACACUUUUUUUAAAAAAAGCCCUCUAAGCAUUUUACAUAACAUAAGAGAAAAAAAAUCAUGAGAAAUUGCUGAUACAGUCAACAGAUUUUAAGAAGCUAAAAGAUAUAAGAAAAGCAUCACAAUAUAAAACCAAGUGGUUUUUUUUUAUUAAAAAAAACACAAAUAUAAUUUUUUUAACAUGUGUCUGGGGAGGCUUGCCUAAACAUAGAAGCUUUUAACAGGUGUCGAACACAGUACAGUAAAGUCGGUUCCAGAAAAUAGGUGCUGCCACACCAAAAGAUUGAUUUGUCGCAACUGCAGAAAUGAACAUUAUAUGGAACUUGUUAUAGUGCCAUUUCCGCAGAUGGAAGCAUAUAUUGAACAUGGAAGAUAAAACUUUGUGGUUUUUCAGAAAUAAAAUAAUACGAGAGAUUUUUUAAUAAUAAUAAUAAUUGAACUAAAUACAGUGGUACCUCGGGUUACAGACGCUUCGGGUUAUAGACGCUUCAGGUUACAGACUCUGCUAACCCAGAAAUAGUACCUUGGGUUAAGAACUUUGCUUCAGGAUGAGAACAGAAAUUGUGCUCCGGCGGUGCAGCAGCAGCGGGAGGCACCGUUAGCUAAAGUGGUGCUUCAGGUUAAGAACAGUUUCAGGUUAAGAAUGGACCUCCGGAAUGAAUUAAGUUCUUAAGCAGAGGUACCACUGUAGAGUAUUUAAAGUAAAAGUUCCUUUUUUCAAAAAACAAACAAACACAGUUUGGUUAAAAUUAAACCUGAAUUAUACAAGCACCUUAUUUCCUUGAGCUAAACCCAUCUCCCUUAGACAAAAGCUGAAUUUGGGGUGGGGGGCGGGGUUGCGCAAAGAAACAUGGGCAAUACUUUCCUGGAAGCAAUCACUGGAAAUAUGGCAGAUGAGGUCAUAUACAGUGGUACCUCAGGAUGCGAACAGGAUCCGUUCCGGAGCCCCAUUUGCAUCCUGAACAUAAUGUAAGACGUGACAGUGUGUCUGCGCAUGCGCGGGUUGUGUUUUGCCACUUCCGCGCAUGCGUGUGACGUCAUUUUGACCAUCUGCGCAUGCGCGAGUGGCGAAACCUGGAAGUAACGCGCCCCGUUACUUCUGGGUCGCUGCAGAGCUCAACCUGAAGCAUAUUUAUCCCGAGGUAUGACUUUACUAUAUUACUGGUGGAACUGGACAUGUCAGGGACAUGUCAUCACAUGCACAGGACUCUGUCUCUAGUUCCUGGUUCCAGGAGAUGCCCUCCUUAAUUAUCACUAGGAGGAGGAUUCUACCCAUGCCAGUGAGCUUGUGCCCUUUUAUUUUUAUAGCUACCUGAGCUAUUCAGUUUGCUUAGUUCUCAAAAUAUGUAUCUUGACCCUUAAUUUGCUUUUCAACCUAUGAAAGGAAAUGAUUCUACCCAGUAACUACUAGCUUCUCAUUCUGGCACUGUCAGGGGUUGGACUGAGGAGGAAUGGUGGGAACACACCCCUCUUCCUGCAGCUUCCCAAGAAGAGGAGGACAGUAUAGAUUUAGAACAGCGGUUUGCAGAAGGUCAUAGUUCAGAGGCUGCAGAGGGGAGAAGCUGGGGAAUAUUGGGAGAGGUGUUACGAUAUAGAAGCAAUGCGGCCGUGAGCUGGUAGCUUGAAAGCAAAACAUAAUGGGAAUGUUGGGACUGUUCCGUGGGAAACAGAGGGACAGUCAAUUCACAGUGCAGAGGGCACCGGAAUUAGCUCAGAGUGUAAUAUGAGCUGUACAGGAAGUACAGGAGGAGUUUGUCUCUCGACUGCUGGAGCUUGAAGAGAGCAGUCAUGAUAUUUGUAACGCUGCAAAGACAGAAAUAAAGGCAUGUAAAUACGUUUCUGUCUAUCUCUUUCCCCUGCCUGGGGGGCAGGAAAGAGGGGGGGUGUUCUUCUCACUCUGAGAAGGAUCGCCUAUCGCGACCUAGCCUGGAUCCUGCCGGGAAUGCAGACAGGGAGGUCAACAGGAGAUCAAGCCGGGGUGCCUGGAGAGUGGCCAGUUUCUCCUGGUAAAGGCUUGAAUCCCAACAAGAGGGACAGCAGGAAGAAGAAGGACCAGGAAAGGGACAGCUGACAGACUCAGUGUCUUUGGAAAGCAUGCCAGACCACCACCCCCCCAGGUCCCAGCAAGCAUUGAGAGUAGUAGAACAGAAAGCUCGGAGGCAGAAAGCACAGAUCAGCUGGUGACGUAGAAUAGGAGGAACUGGGAGUGGGGCUUUACUUGGAGCAACACCAUUAUCUAAGAGAGACCGCUUUCCUUCGUGUCUCUCUGUGAAUAUUGAAUAAACUACUUGGUAAGAACUCUUCUUGUUUAUCUGCUUCUUGGCAUCUCACCGUGGAAGGAAUAAGAUUCCCUGAUAGGCACACAAAAUCAGCAAAGAUCUUAGAUGUUCAAUAAGCGACACACCAUUUUCUAAAAGGAGUAAGGAUGCAACAUUUAUAUAAGGUUAGCACCAACUAAGUUCUGCCAGAGUAGAACCUUUGAAAUUACAUUACCCAAGUUUCUUUGUCUCUUACUGCACUGAAUUUAUUUGUUGGUUACUACCAUCUUGGUCAUUUCAACCACCAUUAAAAAGGAAAUAUAUACAUACUAUACAAGCUAUACAAAAUACACAUAGAGACACCAUUACAAGGCAGUAUAACCCAAUUAGUGCAUAUGUAUAUUAGAAAAAAACAAGCUGAGACAAAUACGUUUCUCAAAUUCAUUGCUGAUCAGAUCUUUACAGUCCACCAUAUUACCCUUAAUGUACCUUCUCGGCUUUUGAGCAGUAGUCGCAAAUCUUGCAAUGUUGUGUGCCACAAAAUUAUCAAAGCCAGACAAAAAAUACAUGAUAUUCACUUGGUCGUCCACUUCAAAGUUUGUUAUGCUCCUCAAUUUUGCUGGGUCUGCUCUAAGUAAAAUUAUUAUUGAGUACGACCCAAAAAUUAUACAAAGUGUACACUCCUAGGUAGUGUAAAUGCUCUCUUUAGGUGUCAAAUUUUAAACACAUUUUAUUGGUUAGAUUAACCAAGAAGUUAGCAACAUUGGUGCCUUCCUUCCUUUCCAUUCAUAUAUCUUGUUUUCCUCCCAGUUGCUCAAGGCAGCACACCUUGAUCUCUCUGCUCCUCCUCUUUUUUUUAACCCUCACACCAACUAUUUGAGAAAUAGUUACCAUUCUCAGCCAAUGACUCUCACGCCUAGUCCAGAACUCAAAACGCUCCAUAAUGAAACCCAGCCAACUAUUCUGGCCUUUUCUUUUCUUUGUUGCUGCUUUAAAUAGCCUUGAUUUGUAUUGACCUGCUGCACUAUGAACCUGCAAUAUCAAAGUUUCAAAUGCAUUUUUCUAGUCAUGAUUUCCACAAGCCGUUUUCUCAGCAAGAUUCGUUUACCUUUCAUCUUCCAGUAUGUGUAACGGUGAAGAUGAGUAUUCCUGACCUCUGGUGGAGUUUACCACAAAUUACCAUGUUAUUACAUAAUUAUGACAACCAAUUGUUUUGUCUAACUUUACAAAAAAGAUUUAAUAUGUCUAGGGUGAAAGAAUGAAUUUAUUUAUUACCAUGCCAUGGGCUGGGCGAUGAUCAUUUAUUGUGCAUUUAUCAUCAUAAGAGGCUGCUAUAAUAAAAUAUUCCCUCCUCUUUGAUAUUUGCUAAAUCGGACCGUUUGACCCAAUUAUAUAAAAUUUGUUUUUUUGUGCUUUGUUUUUUCUUAUUUAAGAAUUUUGAAUUUUAUUUAUUGUGUUUUUUUAAAAAUAAAACCCCCCAUGAAUGUAUGUUUGCAUGUUUGAGCUUGUUUCCAAGCAUUUUCAACAACAUGCUUAGCAUGUUCCUCCCUUUGUUUCCUCCCUUUGCCUCUGGCCAACAGGACUGGCCCAUAACAUUUUGUUGCCCGAGGUGGAAGAGUGUGAACAGUUAGAAAAAGAUAAUGGCUGCCUAGCAACUCCAGAGCAGCAUAUUGUGGAUUUCUCUGAGCAGAUGACUUCUGUAGGUCCACUGAAGGAUUCUCCUUGGUUCUUGGUACAAUCAUCUACUCUAGGCUGUACCUGUCACGCUAGGCAUAUUAAGGUAAAGGUAAGGUAAGGGACGCGGGUGGCGCUGUGGGUUAAACCACAGAGCCUAGGACUUGCUGAUCAGAAGGUCGGCGGUUCGAAUCACUGCUCCCGUUGCUUGGUCCCUGCUCCUGCCAACCUUGCAGUUUGAAAGCACAUCAAAGUGCAAGUAGAUAAGUACCGCUCCGGCAGGAAGGUAAAUGGCAUUUCUGUGCGCUGCUCUGGUUCGCCAGAAGUGGCAUAGUCAUGCUGGCCACAUGACCCGGAAGCUGUACACCUGCUCCCUCAGCCAAUAAAGGGAGAUGAGUGCCGCAGCCCCAAAGUCGGUCACGACUGGACCUAAUGGUCAGGGGUCCCUUUACCUUUACCUUUUCAGGUAAGGUAGGACAUGGGUGGCGCUGUGGUCUAAACCACUGAGCCUCUUGGGCUUGUUGAUUGAAAGGUUGGUGGUUCGAAUCCCCACGAUGGGGUGAGCUCCCGUUGUUUAGUCCCAGCUCCUGCCAACCUAGCAAUUCGAAAGCACGCCAGUGCAAGUAGAUAAAUAGAUACCAAUGCAGUGGAAAGGUAAAUGGUGUUUCUGUGUGCUCUGGUCCCCAUCACUGUGUUCCGUUGUGCCAGAAGCGGUUUAGUCAUGCUGGCCACAUGACCUGGAAAGCUGUCUGUGGACAAAUGCCGGCUCCCUGAAGGCGAGAUGAGUGCCGCAACCCCAUAGUCACCUUUGACUGGACUUAACCGUCUAGGGGUCCUUUACCCUAGGCAUAUUGAAUGGAGCUUGUUCCCAGUAAGGAUGUUUACUUUAUACCCACUGAAUUUAGUGAGGGUUACUUCCAAGUAGACUUGUAUAAAGGUAAAGGGACCCCUGACCAUUAGGUCCAGUUGUGACUGACUCUGGGAUUGUGGCGCUCAUCUCGCUUUAUUGGCCGAGGGAGCCAGUGUACAGCUUCCGGGUCAUGUGGCCAGCAUGACUGAGCCGCUUCUGGCGAACCAGAGCAGCGCACGGAAAUGCCAUUUACCUUCCUGCUGGAGGUAUUUAUCUACUUGCACUUUGACGUGCUUUUGAACUGCUAGGUUGGCAGGAGCAGGGACUGAGCAACGGGAGCUCACCCCGUCGUGGGGAUUUUAACCACCGACCUUCUGAUCAGCAAGUCCUAAGCUCUGUGAUUUAACCCACAGCACCACCCACGUCCCUAAGACUUGUAUAUAGAAGUGUGGUAUUGUGGAGAAGUAAAAUUAAGGAUACACAGCUGGAACUUCUGCAUUAUAGUCAUGGUGUUGUUAGUAUGCUUGUUUGGUAUGUGUGCCACUGUACAUACCUGUAGACUAAGGCUGGGUAAGCCCUAAGGCACAUUCAAAGCACAGUGUUUCCCUCAAAGAAUUCUGGGUGCUGUAGUUUGUUAAGAGGUACAGUGGUACCUCAGUUUAAGAACAGUCUGGUUUAAGAACAAUUUGGUUUACAAACUCCGCAAAACCGGAAAUAGUGUCUUGGUUUGAGAACAUUACCUUGUUCUAAGAAUGGAAUCCGAGCGGUGGAAGGGCACUGGCGGCGGGAGGCCUCAUUAGGGAAAGCGCGCCUCAUUUUAAGAACAGUUUUGGUUUAAGAAUGGACUUCCAGAACAGAUUACGUUUGCAAACCGAGGUACCACUGUACUUGGAAUUACAUACCCUUCAACAUUUCUCUGAUAAAAACAGGGACGUCCCAUUCCGUAAUGAUAAUUUCGCUAUUCAUACCUCACACAUCUUACUAGGUUGCCCCGGCCACUGUGGGCAGCUUCCAACAUAUAUAAAAACACAAUGAAACGUUAAACGUUAAAAAUAACUUCCCUAUACAAGAUUGCCUUCAGAUGGCUCGGGAGUCAAAUAACUCCAUAACCUCCAACAUUUCUCCAAUGAAAACAGGGACAUCUUAAGAAAAAGCAGGACAUUCCAGGAUCAAAUCAGAAACCAGGACAGCUUCUCUAAAUCAGGGACAUCCCUGGAAAAUAGGGACACUUGGAGGGUCUGGAAUGGUAUCUAUCUGAAGGGUAUACUACAGUGUCCAGAAUACUUUGAGGGAAAUAAUGUGCUUUGAAUGUGCUUUAAAGGUAUAUUGCAUGCACAGUUUGCGUCUGUGUGUUCAGAGACUAGCCUCUUCUGGAAUAGAAAGGACUGGGGGGAAUUAGAUCAAAUGUGCUAGGGGAAAUGUCCAGGGUUCUAUUCUGCAAUCCUGGCUCUGUUGCCAGAGGAGGUGUUCAUGUCUAUUCAUAGAAUCGGCUCAUAAACUUAAGCACAUUUAAUUAAAUGCACAGGAUCACAGGCUGCAUUAACUUUGGGUCAAAAUCUGAGAAGCAGAGUGCCCUUGGACAGUGGUGGGGAGCAACAGAGACAAGAUCAGAGCUUUCCCAAGAAGUGAGAUUUAUUGGGAGAGAAGAACAAAGUGGCCGUAUAAUAAUUGACUGUGAAGGCUGUUCCAGAGAAGGGAAGGAGGGGUGGGGAUGAGAAGUGAUAUGGCUGUCAGCCACGGAGGCUGUAAUGUACAGUGGAUUGCUUCAGGGAGGGGAAAGGAGAAGGUGUAGUGGGAAUAGGAAAGCUGGAGAGAGAGAGAGAGAGAGAGAGAGAGAGAGAGAGAGAGAGAGAGACUUAUGCUUUGUCUGUACAAGGAUCAGUAGCAUUAGGGUAAGCUGAAAAAUAAAAUAAAAAGGAGAGACUUCCUUCAAUCUCAGCUAGUCUUCAUGGCACACAGUCUACUGUUAGCAGGAAUGAGGGAAAAGGAAAAUGCAAAGCUAGGCAUCCAGAGUAAGUCAGGUUGAUUUUUUUGUAGCAAGACUUCUCCUGGGAUCACCUAGAGUUCAGGGAUCCGGAGGUUCAAAAGCAGGAACUCAUCCAGGAAUUCUAGAGGCCAUACAAAUAGAGUGUUUGCAAGCAUGGCGCUAACAGUGGCAUACUAAGUUGGAAACCAAUUGUAAGACUGUGGAAAAGAGAAUUCCUGCACAGCAAAAACAGUCAAUUUCACGUAAUUAUUUCAUCUGUAAAGAACGUUGUAUCAUUUUUGUGCACUGUAACAAGAGUGUGUCUAGAAGAGAGGGCCUAAAAGGGAGAGGGGCCUGGAGACUAAGGGUUUGUUCACACCGGAGUAUGUUGUGGAUUCAAAGUUUGCUUGUGUUCUCAUUAAAUGAGCAUCAUCAGCAUGACACCCACUGCGGAGAGCUGCAAUUUCACACAUUUUCUCCACUGAAUUUGGAUUUUCCCAAUUGGGGGAUAAUUCAAUAAGGGGAGAAAUAAAUGACCCCAAACUGCUGCACUGUGGUCGGUGGAUGAUUUGCAUCAGGUUCCCCCCUCCCAUGAAUGGAUCAAUCCUUCCCUUGUCCUUUCCAUGUCCCACACUCAUCCCGAGCUGCGAGUGUUGCUUUGAUUUUUUAAAAAUAAAAAAGUGUUCACUCAGAUUGACAAACAAAGAGGGGUGGGGGUGGGGAAGGAGAAAAGCAUUAAGAAUAAAUAAAAAAUGCCCUUGCAGGUACAAGAAGUGGGAAAGAGAAAGGGGAGGAAAAUAAGUGGCAAUCUUUCAUGUGAGCGACUCCAAAUUGCACCCAGGGAAAAGACAUGGAGCAGUGCUGGUGAAGAGUUAAGACUGGGGAGAAUCCCAAGGAGCUGAAUGAGAAGCUUAGACUUUGGUCCUCAGACUGAAAGUUCCCUGCCCCUGAAAUAGCUCAUAAAAUCAAAAGUAGAUCCCCCCCCGAUAUGUCGUGCUUUUUAUUUGAAUGUCUCAAAAUGACAGCAGUGAUUUCCCCCACAUUUCAAAAAACCAACAACAUAACUUUAAACAAAGUUUAGGCAAUCCUUGCUGAGUUUAUGAAGGCUCUAUUUACCAGGGAGCUUGAAUUUGAAUUCCAUUACUAAAAGCAUUGUGUAGUUUUUCCUGAACAUUCUGUAAAUGUUUUCUCUUGACAGAUACACAAGCUCUCGUUUCUAUUUCUCUCCCUGCCAGCACACAAAACCUCUGUAGCACUGCGCAAUCAGAAUCAAGUUCAAGAAAGACCAAGAUUAAAAAUGGCAACAAUACUGGAGGGCAGGAUUUAACAAGAAUAUGGUACUGGAGGAGUUAGUACAGUCUGUGAAAUGAAUACAGUAUCAGUUUUGACUGAAUGCGGUCACAGAUUUAUUUGCUUGUAGGUUGCCUUUUACAUUUAAACCCCUCCCAAGGUGACUUCCUAUAUAUAAAUUCAUGGUGUAAAACUAAUAACCUAUUUAAAACAAUAAGAGGAACCCACAAUACCUUUCAGGGGAAUCCAUUGCAUAAUCUUUCAAAGUUUUGGUUCCCCUGCCAUACCACUUCCAUAUUUUUAAUUGCUGCCAGUCAAUGAAUCAAUCAGUCAAUCAAUCAUAGACAUGUUCAGUCUAUGGCUGGCUAUUGAUUUGUUUAUAUACUGCUUCUAAUGGACGUAUCUUAAGCAAUGUACAGUAAAAUCAACACACAAGAGACAAAAGAGGUUGAAGAACAACUACUUUGUGAUUGCGUCUUACACACAUUUCACUUGUGUGAUUUCAACUAUACACAGUUGCAUAACUAUUGUUCUUCAGUAUCUUUGCAAUUCUCCUUGGUAUCCUUUCUAGUUUGUCAAUGUCUGUCUUGGAUUGCAGUAACUAAAAGGGGUAGUGUUUAAAGAUGCCAACCUGUUUUGUUAAAUUCCUGCAGUUUUGUUUUAAUAAGAUGAGUCUAUUCUAUAAAGACAAUUAAGAAUAAUGGAACAUUUUGAUACUGUUCACUGGCAUCACCAAUAGGUAUGAGACUGAUAUUAUUAUUAUUAUUAUUAUUAUUAUUAUUAUUAUUAUUUAGAUACGGUUGGAAGCCUUGAUCUUACAGGAUUUAUGAGUUUGGAAAAUGCACCUUUUAGAGUGUUCUCAGUAUGAUGUGUAAAGGUUGAGGGUAUUUUGUGUGAAAGUGAAAAGCCAGUUUAAUUUAGAACAAUUUGUUGUUGUGGUGGUGGUGAUUAUCCCGUUGUGUGUGCUAUUGAGGCUCACAAGGAAAGUAGGCAGCGUGUGGUGAAGUCAAGUAAAAAAAGAUAAUGCCUAGUUGAGAUAAGCAAGGUUGAGACACAGUAGGCCAUGUCAGGUUCAUCAGGUAAGGUGUAGUUUAGCCUUUCUCAAACUUGGGUUCCUAUGUUAUUGGACUACAACUCCCAUCAUUCGUCUCCAGCAUAGCCAGUUGUCAGGGAUUAUGGGAGUUGUAGUUUAAUAACAUAUGGGGACUCAAGGUUGAGGAAGGCUGGUGUAGAAAGUCAAAGCAGGCCAGGUUGGGAAAGUAUGGUCAAAAUUUCGCUUAACAAAAAACAGGACCUUGGAUAGCUCCAAGUGAGCCCUGCUAGCUGAAGUCCCCUUCUACUAAAAUAGCUAUGGGAAGAGGUUGGCUCAUCCAGGAAUGAAACAGAACCGAAAAUUUCUGUCAACCAGAGCCUUCUGACAAGACCUGUAACAUGGUUGGCUUGGCUACCCCUAGAACAGCAGGCUGGUUAGUUAAAAGGCCCUUGCCUGAUUUUGCAGAAAGCUAUUCCCAGCCCUGCCCAACCCAAGGCCCCUCCUGGAGACCAUCUGCUUCAGAUCCAACCCCAAAUCAAUUCAGGGGCGGGGCUAAUGCUUAACUAAGAUGCUAAUUAAAUGUAUGGUUGGAAGAAAUGCUCUUCCCUCAUCCCUGACCAAGAGCAGGAGGGUUCAGUUCUGUGCAGGGUGCUUCUUCACAAAUGCCUUCCCCACAGGAAAGGUGCUUGUUAAGAAAGUAUGCCCAGCAGGAUGGAAUUCCAACACUCUUUCCCCAAAUAUCUCCCUGCCAGGCCUCCUCACAGUCCACUCCCUAGGCUCCGUUGCCAUAGCAACCCCACAGGCCUACCUCCAUAUGUGAUGCAGCCUCCACAGCAGGGCUAGGCUGUAUUUGGGCUCUACCAGCCAUAGCUCUCCGCUUACUUCUUCCUGAUCGGGAUGCAUUUUCACCAAGUUUUCCUGCAGCCCAAUCAUAGGCCUGGAUGGUUGCCAUGGGAACAGGGCCUUGGAAGAGGCCACAAGGAGGCCUGGAGUGGGGAUUAUAUAGGGCACGCCUUCAAAAAUGCCUUCCCUGUGCUGAGAGUCAAGUCCACACUUUAUGUGGCAAGUGUUUUGUCCCCCCUGCUGGUUCAGCAUAAUGUGUGAACAGCGGCACAUAAAUACAGUAACUCAGAGCAGGGCUUUAGGUGUGGCUGCCUCUGUUCUGUGGGACAGCAUCCCUGCUGACAUACAAAAGGCACUCACUAUUUGUACUUCCCAGAAAUCAUUGAAGACAUUUUUAUUUUCACAAGUUUUUUCAGCUACGUUUGAAAAUCUCUGCUUAUUCAUAUUGUAUUUUUCUUAAUGCUAUCUUUACUAUUGCCUCUAAAACCCAUUUUUAGCUUUUCAUGGUAUAUUUGUAAAUCACCUUGACACAUAGGUAAUCACUGAAUAAUAAAUUUUAUAAUAAUAAUUGUACAUUUGAAAACAUUUGGCAGGAAGCCAUGGGCUUCCAGGGAUAUGCACCAGGUUUUUUUAAGGACAAACACCUGUGCUUUUGAGUUUGCUGCAGGAGAAACCAUUGAAUCUUGUCCAGUAGGAUGGCCACGUAAGGUUUGGGUCUGUGUUAAAUGCAGACCUUAGGGAAUACACCUCCCAAAAGCAGCUGAGUGUUUAUUGGUAUUUGAAGACAUGCUGUGAGAAAGACAAGAGAAACUGAAUUCUUUCUCGGUUCAUCAGUAUUAUAUGCUAAUAUAGCAACUUAUCUUACUACAGAAGAGAGAAUUCACUGCAAUUUGGGGAACAGAAAUAAAAGAAGAGCUGCAAAAACAACACUGAUUCCCGACUGCAGGGAGAAAGAAGGAAAAGUGGUAUUAGAGAUGCAGUCUUUUUAAGUCAUUGUUUAUUCUCUAUGUUAGGCAGAAUUGUUUUUGUUAGCUUGCCAUUCAUAAAGGAGCACAUUCACAAGCAGAUGAUGAGCUUCAGCAUUUUUCUCUCAAGAAAAAAAAUGUAAUGUUUGCUACUAUUUUUUCUUUUUUGCUUAUGGAAAUGUACGUUAAGCAAAAUGACUAAAGUGUCAUAUUCUGAAAAGGACUGGAAGUUUAGCCUUCACAAAGGAUCCCAGUGUGUAUUAUGGACAGACACAUGUACAGACAAAGAGCCUUGCAAAAACUAGCCGGGCAAUGAAAGUAAAUAGUCUACAUGCAGGGACUGGAGCUACUACUUGUAGCAAGCGGUUGCCAUGAGGAAUGGUUCCAACCAUAUUAUCUCUUUCUUCUUAAACUGCCACCAAGAAUAUCUGUCAACAGCAUGGGGGAAAACUUGGUGUGUGGUGUGGGCUUCAACUUGAUGAGAUGCUUACAAAUUUAGUCAGCAUAUAAAUUCAAUUUCAGGUAGUGCAUCAUGGACCUGGAUUUCCAGUUCUAGUUUAGCCUUGACUAUGACCCUAUGAAGAGGGAGAAAAACUUUAGUUUUUUUAAGAAGAGAAUUGGAAGUACUGUAGUAUGAUGAAGUCAUUGAUUCCCUUGGUGUAUAUCAGCCUAUCCUAAUCUGGUGCUCCCCAGAUGUUUUAGACAGCAACUCCCACCAUCCCUUUUUAUUGGCAGUGCUUGGUGGGAGUUGUAGUCCAAAAACAUAUGGCGAUUACAGUGAUGGGGAAGGAUGAUGCACACCAGGAGAAACAAGCAUGGCACCCUUUAGAUGUUUGGGGCUAUAACUUCCAUCAGCUUCAACCAGCAUUACCAAGGAUGAUAGGAGUUGUAGUCCAUAAGAUCAGGAGCACAGCAUGUUUGCUACUCCUGGUGCACACUCACCUUUCCUUUGUCCCACUGCCAUCUCUGGUCAAAUAGGUUUUGCAGGCAUUUCAGAAACUCCCCCAAAACUGCAGAACCCUGUUUUCCAGGAGUGGCUAUCAUACUGCCUUCAAGAUGCCAAAGAAAGCAUCUCUAGCCUUGAUCAGUAAAGCUCCUGAUCAGUGUAGAUUACUUGCUUCAUAGGAUUAAUCUUCAGGAUGAAUUGGGUGAUUGCCUCUUAGAUGUAACCUACACUGAUAACAGGUUUCAGACAUUGUUGCUGACUGGUUCUUGCAUCCGGUGACUAGAAGCAGUGGAGAGCCAUCAGGAAUUCAAAGUGUAGCGUUUUGUUGUUUGUGUUUCAUUCCUGAGUCUGUUGAACACAUUUUACUGGGCAGCGAAGAAAGAUGUUAAGUCACAGUUUAAUGCAGAGUUAUGUGCAAUCAGUCCAUUGAUUUUACUUAAAAGUGCGCCAGUGUUGGAUGGCAGCCAUAGACUGCAGCAAGAUUACUUGCUAGUCUGCAGCUUGCUGGAAAUGUUAAGAGCAAAGAUGUUUCUUGAUUAACCAUAGAGACAUUUCAGCUUAUGUCCUCUCCACACAAUGAGGUUGAUUAGCAUUAAUUGCCCUUAGUGAACAUGAAGAGGCAAGAGGCAGAAGUGCAUUAGCUCUCCAAUAACACUGAAAGUGGUGGGCACAAUUUUUCUUGCUGCUGUCAGGGCCCAUUGUUAGCUUAUUCAGCCCAGAACACUGGAUGAGUGCAUGGUGCUGUUUCGACUGUGUGCUCAAAGGAGAGGGGCGGGGGCAGGCAAAACAACACUAAGCACUUGUUUCUGCUGGGCUUUCCACUCUUCCUCCCCCAUGACCAUCUACUACCAACUGCCCUGUGGGAAGAUACAGGGAAGUGAGGGAAGCAGAGAUGGAUUCCCUACUCCUGUUCAAGCUGGACUCCCCUUUCUGACAACAGCAUUUUGCCAACAAUUGCUCUGUGAGAGCAGGUUAAUACAUCAAUCUCCUCCUGCUGGAUGGUUCCUUCUCCUACCAUCUAUCUAUCAUCUACCAUCUAUCUAUCAUCUAUCUCUAUCUAUCUAUCAUCUAUCUAUCUAUCAUCUAUCUAUCUAUCUAUCUAUCUAUCUAUCUAUCUAUCUAUCUAUCAUCUAUCAUCUAUCUAUCAUCAUCAUCUAUCUCUAUCUAUCUGUCUAUAUCUAUCUCCCAUCUAUCUAUAUCUAUCAUCUAUCUCCCAUCUAUCUAUAUCUAUCAUCUAUCUAUCUAUCUAUCUAUCUAUCUAUCUAUCUAUCAUCUAUCUAUCUAUCUAUCUAUCUAUCAUCUAUCAAUCUAUCUAUCUAUCAAUCUAUCAUCUAUCUGUCUAUCUAUCUAUCUAUCUAUCUAUCUAAUCAUCUAUCUAUCUAUCUAUCUAUCUAUCUAUCGAUCGAUCUAUCUAAUCAUCUCUCUCUCUCUCUCUUAUCACCACUGGCCUGGUGGAAGUUGGUAGAUAACAAAGGAAGCAGGUGAAGACAACAUCCACCUGGUCCUAAUGCAGCUAGACUGUCGUUGUCCCCACCAUACACAGGGUCAUUUACCACUAAUUGCCUGGUGGGAAGGAGCCAGAAAGAAAGGGAAGAAGGUGAGGACAACAUCAGAAAUGUAUUCCUGCUGGUUUUGUUUUGUUUCAGGUGUAUUACUUUUAGUGUAUCCAUUUGAUAAAUGGUUUCAGGUGCUUUGAGCACUUCUGUCUAAAUUGCAGGGGUAUAUAAACAAUUAAAUGAAUCAAGGCUUAAAUUUGUAUGUACUACAUUGGAUUGUUUAAAAUCAUUAUGUUCUAUUCCCCACCAACCAACAAAGUAAGUUUUGCCUUUUUUAAAAUCUGAGCAACGCUUUCCCCACUUAAGAAUGAAAACUCACACUGCUUUCAUCCCCUCCCCGAUCUUUUCACCCUCAGAUGUAUAUCACCAACACGAUAAAGGCCAGAGGAACAAGACUGGCAAAACCAGUCCUUUGCUUGAGUUUAAUGUGCAUGGCAUUUCUUACUGGUAUCAACAGAGUAGCAGAAUAUCGAAAUCAUUGGUCAGACGUGAUAGCAGGAUUUCUAGUUGGCAUUUCUAUAGCAGCAUUUCUGGUAAGUACGGCUGCACGUGACUCUUUCUAUGACCAUGAAUGGGUUCCUCACAUGCUUUAUUCAUCAGAAUGCAGGCGGCAUGCUUGAAUAACAAUCAUUCAUAAAUAUAAACAAAUGCACAGUUAAUGCUAAUCCUGAGCUCAAUAUGUGCUCCAGCAUGGAACACAUUCAUAUGAGAGAUCACUGAUUUCACUAGUUUAAAUUGUUACAUGCGUUCAUCCCUUUGCCUGCAGUGAAAGUGUCUCCUCCACUGAGCUGUGUGCAUCUGCAACUACUGGAUCCCAUGUUUAAAAUAAUAUGUUAGUUUUUUAAAAAGGUUAUUAUCUAAACCUCACCAUUCAGUUCCAAAUGAGUCCACUGUAUUGGAAGACUUCAGCACAAAUUGGGGCUGAGGCCAAUAUGAGUUCAUGUUUGUCAGCAAUGUCACUAAAUUAUUGUCAGUGCAAUGUGUUAACUGGCUUUCCUUUUUUUAAAAAAAGUUCAAAGUAUUAUACAGUCAUUUAGAAAAUGGCAUUUUUGUUGCAGCCUUCGGACAAUGUGGAUCCACGUUGCACAAGUUGAGUACAGAAAGUCACCAUGUGCUGGAAGAUAUGCCACGUUAUUUACAAUAGUGGGCAAUGCAGGCAGAGCUGCAUUGCUAACCUGGUUUCCCAAAACAGUAUGUCACUGCUGGCUGUUGAGAGGGAGGCGGGAGGUAGUGGGAAGCUUGAUGUGGUUCAGGUGCAAUAGUGGGGGUGUUGGAUUGGCUUCGCUGCUGUACCUGUGAAGAACUAUCCACCGCCUUGUCUCUCCCUCUUGAUAACUGGCAGUGAUGUGCAGUGUUGGGAAACCAGGUCAGCAAUACCACACCAGCCACUACUGUUUAUUUUAUCUAUGAGCUCUUGAUGGUUAGACUAUUCUGUUCAAAGAGUGCAUGUUGAUGGAUAAGUGCAUAUUGAGAAGUGCAUUAAGUUGAUGUAUAAGUGCAUGUUGAUGUUUGUUGAAAAAACACUCCAGAGGCAUCUAAAAAUGUCUAUUUACAAGCAAUUGUUGGUAGGCAUCUAAAAAUGUCUAUUUACAAGCAAUUGUUGGUAAAUUCAAAGAACGACAGUGUACGCUGGCAUCUUCUUGAUAAUUAUCCUAAGCAUAUACUAGCUGUGCUUUUACAGUGUUGUGCUUGUGCUGUAAUCUCAUUCAUUAUGGAAGAAUGAUUUAAUAAUUAGCAUUUCUAUCGGAGGACAUUGUACAGUUGAUGUGGGUGUUCAGGAUCCAAUCUAUUAAACUCUCUCAUAAUAUCUGAUUUCUUCCUUCUCUUUCUAGGUUGUGUGUGUGGUAAAUAAUUUUAGAGGUAGACAACCAGAACAUGAACAUUCUCACAUGGACAAUCUGGCUCAAAUGCCUAUGAUCAGCCUCCCUCGAGUAGAGAGUCCUUUAGAAAAGGUAAUGGAUGCUCUUCUUGAAUUUGAAAUGUCACUUCCUUUCUAAAUUCUGGUGACACAAAAGGAGAACUUUCUGAUUCAUAGCCACAAGCUACCAUUCACCGAAUGCUAGGACAACUGCAGACUUGGGAUAGCAAGGGAAAUCUUGUAUAUAAUGCCAAGCCGGUAUUUAGUGCAGGGGUGGAGAACCUAGGGAACAUGGGCUGAAUGUGGCACUCCAGCCCUUUCUGUCUAGCCCUUGGGAGUCUUCCAUGGCCACACACCCUUCCCAGGCCACACCCACUCUCUCCAAACCACACCCUCACUUUGAUAAUGCCUGUUGCUCAUCUUAAUGGGAGAUGGAGAAGUGUGUGUGUAGAAACCUCAGACUUCUGCAUGGUUGGAAAAUAACCUAGUGUACAAAGUAAGAGUCACAUCCAUUGGCUUUCCCACUUUUGUCUCCAGUUCCUGCCCACCAGCUGGUUGCCCUUGAGGGAAUGUGGACCUUGGAUUGAAAAAUGUUACCCAUCUCCCCAGGUUUCGUGCUCUGUGCAUGAGUGACAUCAAGUCUUGGGUGUCCACACUUUUCUCUCCUCCUUUGGCAAACCCUGAGGGGGAAAUCAGAAGCAGCAUGUUGUGAUUUAAAAUUGCCUAGAAGUCUUUGGAACUCAGGGGAGCUGCAAGUAUUUUAAACAAAGGUUUGUUCACACAAGACAACUUCACACCACUGUGUAUGAUCCAGCUUCCCUCCAACCUGGUCUCUUCCAGAUGUUUUGGACUUGACUUCCAAUAUCCCAGAUGAUUGGCCAUGGUGGCUGGGGCUGAUGGGGGUCUGGAGGAUACCAGGUCGUGGAAGGCUUGCUGAAACUAUCUAGAAUUCCCCUGAGUUCAGAUGCAACCAUGAAUUAUAGGUGCUUUAAAACCUGGUGUGGAUGCUUUCAAAAUCCUCUCGCCAUGCCAAGGUGGAGCUUGUGGUUUCCCAUUAUAUGCAGCACAGGCAUGGUAGAUUCAAACCAAAAUCCAGUAGAGGGUACCAAAGAACAUCUUCAUUGCUCCUCUCCCCCCAACAUAUUCUUUAUAUGAGAAGAAACAUCUAGUGGAAGAAAUUCAGGAAGUGAGUCAACCAAGAGACAGCUGCAUGAAAGUGUAGAAGGUUCAGGAUGAUAGACAAGUCUUCCAGCAGUCUCCCCCGCCCCCACUUCCCAGGCACAGAACUGCUAAUGAAGUGAGCAGAAUUUUGGUCUCUGGUAGGAUUAGGCAAUCAGGCAUCACACUGCACUUCCUUUGAUCAGGACAGCAGAACUGUGAAUGGUUAGGAGUUAUUAUUACCUUGCCAAAGCAAGGGCUGGAAAGCCUGCAGCAAUCACAGGUGAUUCUAGGAGAUGUCAGUCAGAAUAAAUAAUACAUGGGUAUAUUAGGCAGUAAGGAACAUUUUUAGUUCCGAAAAGAUGCCACAUGGUUACAUAAUAGAAAGUCAGAUUGUGUCAGAAUGGCUUUUUGUAACAAAAGCAACCACUGAAAUGGAUAAUGAGGCAGGACAAAAUGUUUUAGAAAUAUUAAUUACCUUGAAAAAAGUUAGAUUACCCCUUAUUUGCACAAAUCUGUCAUUAUCCAUUAACCUAGCAUGUAAUAUACAGCCCAUUAGUGGUGGUCAGUGCUCCUAUCAUUUAUUUACUUUUUAACCUUAUACGCAGUCUAGAGAACUAGAGAACAUUUAGAGCAUCUUACAUGUCAACACAAGGGACGUGGGUGGCGCUGUGGGUUAAACCACAGAGUCUAGGACUUGCCGAUCAGAAGGUCGGCAGUUCGAAUCCCCACGAUGGGGUGAGCUCCCGUUGCUCGGUCUCUGCUCCUGCCAACCUAGCAGUUUGAAAGCACAUCAAAGUGCAAGUAGAUAAAUAGGUACCACUCCGGCAGGAAGGUAAACGGCGUUUCCGUGUGCUGCUCUGGUUCGCCAGAAGUGGCUUAGUCAUGCUGGCCACAUGACCCAGAAGCUGUACGCCAGCUCCCUCGGCCCAUAGAGCGAGAUGAGCCCCGCAACCCCAGAGUCAGUCACGACUGGACCUAAUGGUCAGGGGUCCCUUUACCUUUACCUUUACAUGUCAACAUGAGAGGUCGUUUUAUUACUGUUCAUUAUACUGCAAAAUUCUACACUUAAAUGCGCACCUGGAGUUUCUACCAGGCGCACUCACCAGGGAGUUGUGGGCAGUGAGUGGCAUUCAGCUAAGUUUGACUCAGAGUGUAUCUAUUGGAAUGAAUGAAGAUGGCUAAAUUAGGUCCAUUAAUUUCAGCGGCUCUGCUCUGAGUACAGAUUUGUUGAAUACUAAUCACUUUUCAUAGAUCCACAGGCAACUAGUCACACAAAACAACUUUUUGCCCUAAAUGCGGAUACACACUCCCGGUUUCCAUCAAAAGAGGCACCCAGCCAGCACGAGAGAGCUCAGAAGAUCAAUACAGUGUAGGUGAGGUGUAUAUCUGCAUUGCCAGGGUACAUGAGAAGCAGCUUGCCACCAUGGAAGCUUCUGGGUUGCAGUGGUAAUACAUGAAGUGGCUUAAAGAAAGAGAUGAGAGUUGUUGUUCCUUGCUAUUGUUUCACUUGUUUAUUUUACCACGGCACUCAGUAUCCUUGUCUUUGGGAUAUAACCCUGUGAUUUCCCUGAAAUUUGUGGGAGUUACAGAUGAUCAGGGACAAGUGUAAGAGCCUUUGUGUGUUUCAAUGCCAUCGGAGAAUAAACAGAUUUCUUCUUGGAAUUCUUUGACACACCACUCAACGCAAAGAUGCCUGAGACGCUUUGUCAUAAGGAGGUCACCAUCUCCUUUGCUCGAGCCAGCAUUUGCUUGAUGAAUGUGCAUCUUCUACACAAGCCAUUCUGUUAGGCCUUUGCUAGAUGUCAGAAUGAAGCAAGAUACUUGGGAAAGGCUUUAGCCUUCCCCAAAGGAACUGUGGAAGGGGCAGCCAAAGAUCCCAUCAGAAGAGUUGUGUGGGUUGAAGAGAGCUCCGUCCUUCAGUGGGUCAUCUUGUGCCCCAUCACUUUAGGCAAUUUACUGAGAGCCCAGCUCACUUCCACUCUCAGAGCUGGACUGAGAGAAAAGUAUCAAGGAGGAGGUAAGGAGCUCCAUUCGAAGAUGAGGUGGGGGAGAUUUCAGAUUCCCUCACCCAUGGACUUUUUCUGAUGUUAAAAAAGCCAGUCCCCACCUGCUGCUUUGUUUAUGAGUGGGGAAAUUAAAUGACCCACUCCCACCACCACUCCAUGAAUGUUGUAUUUCAUGUACAGACUGUUCCUUCUCAGAUGGAGAGGAGAAUAUCCAUGGCUGGGAAUCUGGGCACAUCAUAAAUCACACCACCUUGAGGAAUCAUAUGGAUUAUUCCAAAUCUAGCAUGUGAAACGACUCUACCUGUGUGUUUCAAUGGAGAGCACUUUCUUGUGAGGGGGAAUCCUGAUUGGCCUGGGAUUCCCUCUUAUGUGGAAGAACUCCAGAAGCCUGUCUGAAGCAAAAAUAAAACCUCUGUGAGCCUAUCAGAGGUGGAGGUGGUGGUGGGAGCAUGUGAAGGUUGUGUGUGUUUGUGUGUCCCCCUAUCAACUUGUUAAAUAACCAAAGAAUAGUGGAAUGUAUUGGGAAGGAAACUCUUUCCUUUCAAGGCAGGCGUAUGAAAGCUCAGACAUGGAGCACAAAGGCGGCCUCCCAGGCCUCUCCAUCCAGCCCUCAAGAGACUCCCCAGGCAGGCCACACUUCUUCCCCCAGACUCCACCCAUUAUUUCCCCUGCUGCAUGCCUUCCUUGGGUGCAUUUGCCUGAUCAGAAAGUGUCCCUGAACUGUGAUGAUUCCUCUUGCUUGUCUGGCUGGUUGGCUGGCUGGCUGGAUGACUGGCUGUCUGGCUGGAGCUUAUCCUUCCUAGCUGUGGCAAUUGCAGAGCAGACGGAACUCAGGGCACUUUCCUGGCUUUGGCUAGAAGACUAGUGUUCUAGUGGUGCUCUUGGACACUGCACAAGCUGUCAGCUUGCUCCUCCUUCUUCCCCAGGUGAUGGCCAGGACAGUGGGGGCCCACAGUGAACCUGAUAGAACACAAACAGGGAGAGAUGUUUUGAGACUGUAGGAAAACACAGAACUGGAUAAGGAAUGGCACUGUGAAUCAUUAGUGAAAAAAAUGGCAGCUUGGCGUUUCCCAUCUGUCUAGCUGAAAUGCAGUAUGUUACUUUACAAAGGGGAAUCAAAGCCUGGUAUGAAUAUUAGGAAGCCUCCUCUUGCCUUUGCUUGUCAAGAGAGCAAUAACCUCUGCUUACUGCAUUUCAGGCUUCAGCUUUUCCCUCUCCCAGCUCAGCCACUGACCUCAGGAAACCAGAGCUAGAAGGUCUAGAUUUGGCACAGCUGCCCACAGGCCUGCCUUAUCCCUUAUGUUCAGUUUGAAAAUUCAGUGUGACAUUUGCAUUGUCUCUGCUUAAAUAUAUCCUUGGAUCUAUUCAAAGCGUUGGAAGGUCAGGAAAUUCUUGUUAUGCCCAGCUUUCUUCUCUGAUUCACCAGGCAUCUGUACACCUGUGGUCCUCGGAUGAAGGGUGGUACAGGAAUUUAAUGAAUAAUAAUGACAAUACUGUAACGAUGAUGCUACGAACAAUGGAAAUUGUUGAGCUGGUUUUGCUGCUCUUCUAAAAUAUUCUGACAGCUGAAAUGAGUAUUCACGGUGUUUGGAGUAUGAUGCAAACCAAGAGCUCUGUUUGCUGUACCUUUCUCUGUCUAUCCUAUAAAACCAGCCAUCUCUACAAUCUAAACUAUAUUUCUUUCAUUUGCCAUAAUGAUCCAUACCUUUUACUAUCACAUGUACUGUCACUGUGGCUUAGGAUAUCUUCCUAAAUUGCAUUCCAUGAUGCGCUGGGACUGCUUGUGGAAGAGAAAAUUGACAAACCACCCACACUUAGCAUGUAGAACAACUUUGUAUGGAACUUUAGAUCCCAGGCUGGUAGAAGUUAGCACUAAGGGAAAACUGAUCCAUUCCUCUAUCUUGAGACGCACACAUUUACCUGCUUUGCAUUUUCUAAAGCAAACACACACACACAAACAUGACAUAACUAUUAUCAGCAGCUAGGGACUGGGCAGAAAUGGAAAAAGCUCUCAUUUAAAGGUGAGCAUAUCCAGUUCAGACUAUCUGAAACAAUCUGCAACCUGAAACAGCUAUCAAUUCAAAUUAGCCCUUUACUGAAUUUUGCAAUGUAUUUCUUAAGCCAUAUGUGUACACAAAUGCAUAUGUUUAAGUAAAUCAUGCAUAAAAAUGCAUAUAUUAGCAAAAAUAACAAGCGAAAUUUGUCAUAUCUGGGGAAAGAAAAAUGUGUAUAUUAGGGGAAAUUGCAUACAAGCCUUCUGUAUUAGAAGAAAUUUUGCACUAAAAUGCGGAUGAAAUUGCAUGAAAAUUAUUAUUUUUUAAAAGUUGCAAUCUGAUGUUGAGAAGUGAAUUUAAGACUGGAAGACUGAGAAACUGAGAUAAACCAAAAUUGAGAGAUUCACCUAUUCCCACUGGCAACCCAAGAAACUGAAAGGAUAAAAAUUCCUCCCCCCCCCUCUUUUUAUCCCCUGUACACUGCCAUCUGUGCCGCCUUGUGCCCUCCCUCCUUAAGAUGUGCUUGGAUGCAAUCUCAAACUAAAUCAGGAGGUUUUUUAAAAAGCAAGCAAGCAGAAACUACUGCUCUGUUGCCCAGAAAAAAAGGCAAAAGGUCAAGCUUCUGAAAUUUAUACUAGGCCAGGCUCAUCUGUGAUUUCCCAGUGUUCAAGAGAGAACUUGCAUUCCAAACAGACAGAAAAUACCAAGAAUGAUUUAAAGCAAGGCUCUGCUUGACUAAUGAUCCACAAUGUCAUUCUUACCCAUUGAGCACAGAGGAUGUAAACAUGCCUAGGGUUUUGUCAUUUUUAAGAAAUGCAACACUUUCAACUGUUGCCCAUAGGCUGUGAUUGUACUUUGUGCACAAAAGAUAAUCAUUUUCCCACUGUAACUUUAAAAAAUGAACUUAAUUGAGAGUGUUACCUAGCAUAGAGAAUGCAGACUAAUGGUAAUGACCAGCAAUUAAUUAUAUGCUCAUUCUAUGUAAUUGACAGUCAAGUGAUCAAGUUUAACAGAGCUAGAGACAAGCCUUAUGUGUUUAGCAUAAAAGCUGGGGGAACUAUGCCUCACCUCCAAGGAUUGCUAAUUAACAUGCUUUUAACCCCAGCUAUGAGUAUAUUUAUCCUUAGGAUUGUAAGAUGAGGAAUGGGAGGCAACAAAUAUUUCCUGUUUUCAAUUCUCCCUGUGCAAAACUCUUCCUUGCCACUUCCAGGUUUCUCUUCAGUUCAAAUAUGUUCUCUUUCUCUAAUUGCUGCCCAAACCAAGCUCUGCAUUUUGCAAUGAAAGAAAGAAAAUACUUCCAAAACGAAAAACACUAGCUUCUCUACCUCCUUAUGAUCACUGCACCCGGGUCUUGUUUGCAGGCCAAAGACUGAGAAUCCACUACACCCUAGGGAAAAAGAACCAGAGUAGAUGGAAAAGGCAAUGAGAAAUAUCUUCCAAGUAGGACCUUGCACAGAUUCAGUGGGUAGACCACGAGACUCUUAAUCUCAGGGUUGUGGGUUUGAGCCCCCAUUGGACAAAAGAUUCCUGAAUUGCAGGGAGUUGGUCUAGGUGACCCUCAUGGUCUCUUUCAACUUUACAAUUCUAUGAUAGAAUGGAAAAGAUAUGCCUCUGUGCCUGAAGCUACAUGGAAGUAGAAAGCGCCACUGGUAUUAUAUCCAGUGUAAGUUGGUUGGGCAUCCUGACCUCAACAAAGAAAUUGGGCUGGGGACAUAGGCAACUGCCCUCUAACAGGAGCAAGGGAGGAGCAGAGCCAAUGAGUUGUUUCUCUCUCUCUCUCUCUCUCUCUCUCUCACACACACACACACACACACACACGCUGUCAGGAGUCCAGGUUCCCACCUUGAUAACACAGUAAGCGUAGGUAAUUAAAAAGGAGGAUUUAUUGCAAAAACAGAUAGCUCUGGACGGCUCUAACAAAGCCUCCGGCAUCAUCACUCAAGAUGACCCUUCUGAAGAUUCCUUCCAAUGUCAACAGAAGAUAUUGAACUUAUGGCGCUUACGUCUCUUGUGUUGCUUCCUGUCUUGUAGCCCUCCCAUUCUCCAACUCCUUGGACCUAUUGGAUUAGCUCCAACCCCUUCAUGUUCUGACGUGCUAUCUCUGUGUUUAUUCGUGCCUGUUUGAGCUUCCUGCAAGCUUUGACUGUGUUCUAGCCUGCUCUCCACUACUGCCUUAUCAGCCUGCCCUUCAAGGUCAGGAAUAACCAAAGUCUGCAGCUGCCGGCUCUCCCCUGCCUGACUAACAUCUAAGCCUCUCUGUUCUUGGCUGCUUUCUGCAGUUGGCUGCAAACCUUUGUUAGGAGCUGGCUCAUUCCUGACACCCACACACUCAAAAUAGUUUAAAGCAGACAUUUCCCCCCUUUUGGUGUCUUCUCCUUCUCACUGCACUCAAAUGUCUCCCUUUUCCAUUCCCUUCUUUACCUAAACUUCUGCCAUUAUUUUAAACCAUAAUGUUCCCUCCCCCCAGUAGCCCUCCCUUCUCACUCCCCAUGCCAUAGCCACUGGUGUUGUGCAACUGCCUUCACAUUUGCUUCCCUAUCUCAUCCUGAUUUCACAUAAUUCCAGGAUUCCGAUGAGGCACUACAAAUCCUCCGAUAGGGGCUACACAAUGAUAUUCAUACAUUUUGUUAGAGAGAGAGAGAGAGAGAGAGAGAGAGAGAGAGAGAUUUAAAGCAUAUUUUUUCCUGUUCUUCAGUCAAGAAAAUCUUCCAGAGCAGCAUACAAAGAUCAGUUAUGAGACAAUCCUUGUCCUCCGGUUUAUAAUCUUAAAGACAUGACAUGGAAAGGGAUUCGAAUGAGAGAGAUGACACACAAACUUGGGUGUUAGACUUAUUUCCUUUAUCGCCUUUUGUUUUGUUUUGUUUUGUUUAUUUAUAGUCUGCCUGUCUGUCAUAUAUGUAUAUACUUCCCACAAGAAUAUGAAUAAAUAUAUUUUCACGUGGGAAGUGCUGACUGUUCUUGUUCAGAUGUCACUAAAUGUUAAUACACAAGCCAACCAUAAACCAAGGCCACAAUCCCAUGCCCACUUACCUGUUGGUAAGUCCCAUUGAAUAUAGUGGGAUGUACUUCUGAAUAAACAUGUCUAGGGUUACAACUGUUAUUCUCAAAAGAACUGGAAAAGAUGUUAUUUGAGGUCUCAAGCUGCAGAUGGGGUGCAAAAGACCUUUAUUCAAAAUAGCUGUUGCAUCAUGAUAAGAUCACAUGGAAUUGUUCUCAUAUUGCCUUAUUUAUUUAUUUAUUACAUUUAUAUUUAUAUAGUGCCCUUCCUUCCAAAGGAGUUGAGGGUGGCAAGCAAUAAGUGGCAAAACAAUAAAAGCAUCUUUAAAACAUUUUUUAAAAUCUGUACAAUCUCAAGGUAGCACUGGUUGUCUUUACAUGCAAUGCAUCUUUCUUUUCCUCCUAAAUAUAUAUACAUUAACUUGCCUGAAGGCUGAAAUAAAAUCAGUCAAUAGGCAUUUCCACAGUUCAUAAUCCUUCCCACUCCACUUAAACUUGAUUCUGAAAGCAGCUCAUAGCAAGCAAGAGCCAGUGUGGUGUAGUGGUUAAGAGCGGUGGACUCGUAAUCUGGUGAACCGGGUUCGCAUCUCCGCUCCUCCACAUGCAGCUGCUGGGUGACCUUGGGCUAGUCACACUUCUCUGAAGUCUUUCAGCCUCACUCACCUCACAGGGUGUUUGUUGUGGGGGAGGAAGGGAAAAGGAGAUUGUUAGCUGCUUUGAGGCUCCUUAGGGUAGUGAUAAAGCAGGAUAUCAAAUCCAGAAUCCAAUACCAUACAGUCAAACCUCGGUUCCCGAACGGCUCCGUUUUCGAACGUUUCGGCUCCCAAACGAUGAAAACCUGGAAGUAAAUGCUUCAGUUUUCGAACGUUUUUCAGAACCCGAAUGUCCGACAUGGCGUCCGAUUGACUGCAAGAAGCUCUUGCAACCAACCGGAAGCCACGCCUCAGUUGUUGAACGUUUCGGAAGUUGAACGGUCUUCCGGAACGGAUUAUGUUUGACAACUGAUGUUUGACUGUACCUGUUAAAUCAGUUCAGAAUGCUGAUUGGGAUGGUGUGAGGGUUCGUUCUCAACUGGGCUUAGAUCCAGGCACAACUGAAAGGUUAAAAUAUGCUCCACAGGCCCAGAAUUAGGCAGGAGGUUAUUUUUGUCUGCUUGGUUGCAGAUAUAUCAGUAUAUCUAGAACAACUGGAAUGUAUUACAGCGAACUCCACAAUAUGCGAUAUUGUUUGCACAGAACAUCCACAUUUCUUUCCCCAUCACAUAUUUCUCCCCAUUCGCCAGCAUUUUCCUUCAGGGAGCUGCCUAUAAACUGUUGUUAUUUCUCUUCAUGCUUUGUGCUUCGCCUUUCAUAUUUUAUUUUAUUUUUUGCUUCACUUGAAGUGCUGGUUAGAUGACAGUACAUAAUGUGGAAAAUAUGUCUAACUCGAUUCUGUCUGUGUAAUUAUUGUACAUUUUGCAGAGUCGAGACAUUGGUAAUGGUCAAGAGGAGCCAUUCCAGCAGAGCUCUUUUAAAGCACGCCUCUUUAGGGUUUUCUCCUGGAUAGUAGGAAUGGACCAGUUUGAGCAUCUUCAUAUAAGGCAAUAAACGUAUGUGCGCAUAUAAGCGCACUGGUGUGCUUUACAUGUGUUCUCACGAAGGCGGACAUGUUAGCCUUCAGUGCAGGCUAAGGGCAUUUUGAGAAACGGAACUUUUGUGAAGUAUUCUUUUGUAUUCUAUACUUGGUUUGCCUCUGCUGUAACGGGGAGGCAAAAAGAAUUCAUUUGCUGAGGAGAUGUGCAUUUGCAAAAUUUGCACUUCAGUACCGACAUCUCUCAUAAGAUCAUUUUAAUGCUCUGAAAUCAGAUCUAGAAUACAAAGUAUAAAUAAGGAGUCUGUAGUCAAAAUUUACAUACAGAUCUCCAAUAUUUAAUACAGCCCCUUUCUUAUUUUUCACAAAACAUAUUUCAUAUGACUGUGAUACUCCUUCAUAUAUAUAUAUUUUUAAAAAUUAAUAGAAUAAACAUUUAGCAUAGUGCUAAAUAUGCUGAAAUGUUUGAUUGAAAACCUGCACUUGAGGUUCAGCCUUCGCAUCCUGCUUUCCUAAUGGGAGGGUGAUUUUACUGGUUUGAUCCCUUUGGGCUUUCGUGUUAUGCCAUUUUCUCUGGUUCUCCCGUGAUGCAUUGGUGGGAAAUAAUCAUUACAAUGCAUGCUGUGCUUCUAAUCUUUUCUGUUGCUGCUGCCAGUUACUGCCUCUGACGAUUAGAACAAAACAAACUCGUGUAGUGCUCUGGUGGGAAGCCAAAGAGGAGGCUGAUGCGAACUAAUUGUGAACACUGACGGGUAGAAACAAACAUUCAUUUGGGAGCCUGUGUGUGUGUGUGUGCUGCUUGCUCGCACGACAUUUCAAUUUGUCUGCUGUGUGUGUGUGCUGUGGGAGUGCACCUCAAGGACUUGCUAAAGAUUGCAUGGUUAGAGAACUCCAGAGUUCACCAAUUUGGGGUCAGACAUAUUACAAGCCCGCUUACUUGAUCAAAUAUCUGCAUUAGAAUAUAUAUCUCUUCAAGGUUAGAUUUCACAAAGACGCAUUUUAAAGAGCAAGGCUCGUAGCUCAUUAUUACAGGUGCCUAAAGGCAUUCCUGAAGAAUAAUCGUAUGAAUGAUUAUCUGAACAACUGGCACCGGUGUGUGAAGGGUUGUGGCAGGAUGGCAGCAGUAGCCUUCUGGUGACACAGUGUGCCAGGACAGGAAUGGAGCGCACACAAUUGCAGAACACCUUCGCCCAGCCCAAAGCCCAGCCCAAAGCUCCCUCAAUGUCAUGGACUUGAUGGACGCAGAGGAAUGGUGGGAGGAACCUGCUGGAGAACCCCCAAGGGAAGAAGGUUCAGAACCUGGGUAUGAGUGGUGGGACAACAAAGAGGGAGAAGACUGGAGGGAGGAGGUGUUGGAAGCUGAAGUGGUAACAGGGCUUAGUGAGCAGGGAGAGUCUGUGGCAGAGAGAAGUCCAGAACAAGAGGCAGAAGCUGAAACAGGAGAGGAGGGAGGCCAAGAGGCAGAGAUGAGUCUGGCUGGUGAAGAGGCAUGGGUGUCUCCUCUUCCUUCUGCAACAAGCUCCUUUCCCCUCUGGUCUCCCAGAACUAGGAGAGGCAUGAAGUAGGAGGAGCAUAGAAUGGCCUACAGGCACAAUCUCUGAUUGCUUGGGAAACACCCUGGAGAGGAGGAAACAGCCGGCUGUCAGGAGGCAAUGACCUUGGCAACUGCUUCAUGGGGGCAAGACUUGAGUUGCUGUGCUCAUUAGGCCUGACACUUCUGUCCAGAUUCUGUUUUACUAAUAGAGAGUUAACUCCAGCUUACUCGGUGUGAUUAACUGCUGGGCUGCUCCUGUCACUCAACUUUACUGCCAUCCCAUCCAAAUGUUGUAAUCUGCCCUGGGACGUUCGGGUGAUGAGCAGGAAAUAAAUAAAUAAGUAGGUCUUAUUCAAGCGCUGGAGACCCAGCUGAAAUCAGAGAAAGUCAUACAAAAGUCCUGUUGAAAUUAAUGGGACAUAAAUUGGUCACAAUUAACUUACCAUGUUGACUGCAAGGGGACUUAAGCACCUUGACAAAUGUAUGCCCUGUAUCUUCUGUCUAGAACAUCCAUUUUUUUGCCAUCAACCUUUUCUGGUUAAGAACUAAACCACAGGCUUAUUUUGAAUGCCACAAUUUGCUAUUGAGUACUUGGUUGUAAAAGCAAAAUACCAUGCAAGUCUGUGACUGUGGGCCUCAGAUAAUUUGUCAGUAUAGUUAGACUUAAGUUUCUGUUUACAGAAGACCAUACUUUGUGUUUUAUAUACAAACAUGUAUUUUUAAAUGUUUGCUAAUGUGCACAAACAAUGGAGAAAUAAAAUCAGCCUGUUGAAAGAAGCAGAGUGAAGAUCAGAUCAAAUAAAGGGGGCGUCUCACUGAUUGAAAAAGAAGAAGCAUUGUUAAUGUGUACUGUCAAUGAGCAAAUGUCAUUUUCAUGCUAACAUUUUGCUGCUUCAUUCUGUGCCAUGUGUCGCUCUGGGAGUAAUUAAUACUUUUUUAAAGUGAAAAUGAAGGAAGAAAUAAACGCAGCAUUAAAAUUGUAUUAACAAUGAAACACAAUAUGAUCCGCUAUCAGACACUGUCUAAUUUGUUGCCUGGAAUUUAAAUCCUAAUUAUUAUAAGAUCCUUAUAGAAUUACACCUAAGUUACCCAAUACUCACAUUGCUAAGCAAUGGCAAAUAAAGUAAAUGUAGAAACAAGGUGAAACUAAAUGUUAUAAUAAAAGAGAAACAUUAGGUCCUCAGUCCCAUAUUUUCCUUGUAAUGAACAUACAGGUGGAGGACCUCUGGCCUACUCUGUGGUCCAGCAUGACAAAACCCAGUUGGGGUGGAAGGUGGAUACAAAACACUGGAAAACAAAGAUCUCUGAUGUUGUUCCAGCAAGGAACAAGCUGAAACUGAGUCUUAUACAGUUGCAGUAACAGCAGGUGCAGCCUGGAAGGAGCACCUGUUCUACAAGAUGCUAUUUGACCCAAAUGGCAUCAGCCUUCUCCUGUAAUCUCCUACUUUUCUGGAGUAGAGGACCCUCUGGGAGCCUUCCAGUGGAGUUCUCUGAGUCAGAAGAUGGCAGUGCCCAGAGCCAGCCCACCCCAGAGGCAAGGUGAGGCGAUGGCCUUGGGUGGCAGGAUCCACAGGGCAGCAGAUCCUGAUGUAGUUCUUUAUCUCCCCCCCCCCCCGCUUGUUCCUGAUGUAGAAUUUAACUCUCCCCUUCUUCCCAGGCAAAAAGUGGGGGAGCCAUUUUGUUGUUUGCCAAAAUGUCUUCUGCCGGCCCUGGCAGUGCCACAUCCUUGGGCCAGGGGGAGGGGGCUCUGCUGCCCCCCAGGUUCAUCUGAUAGCAGUACUUCUGGGGCUCUGCCCCUCAGGUUCCGAGUCCUUGCCUCCAUCACCUAAUGAAGAGAAAGAAGCCUCACUCUGGGCCCCUGACAAUUUCCAAGCGAGAACUGUCGGAUACGAAAGUAGUGUUUAACCCAGGCAUAGGCAAACUCGGCCCUCCAGAUGUUUUGGGACUACAAUUCCCAUUAUCCCUGACCACUGGUCCUGUUAGCUAGGGAUGAUGGGAGUUGUAGUCCCAAAACAUCUGGAGGGCUGAGUUUGCCUAUGCCUGGCUUAACCCUUCUCCUACCUGCUGAUUCACCCUGCAAAAAGAGACCCAGGCUGUUUUUCAUAUUUUUUUUACCUCAAGUGGCCUGCAAAACUGGAAGUCAGUCAGAACAGAGGAAAAUCAACUGGGGAGGGUUGGGAGUUUCAAGAGAGAAUUGGCAAGUGUGUUAUAUAUGUUGUGGCGGCAGUGGGUUAAGUACAGCACACUCCUUUGGAAUGUUCGUUCUUCCUUCAAAUGUCCCCUCAGCCUCCCCACAUUCACAUUGCGUUGACAAUGCCCUAAAACGGGUGGAGUCUUUUUUUCCUUUUUCAAUUUUUUUAAUUAAUUUUCCAAAGAAUUUUUUAAACAGACAAACAAAUAAACAAACAAACAAACAUAAAUCAUUACCUUAGUUAAACCAAUCUUAGUAUCAUUUUUAAGUGACUUCCUUGUGUCCCCCUGGUUGAAUUUCAGUGCGUAUCUUUUUUAACGGUUUUCCAAAACCAAUAUUCUCUUAAAAUUAACUUAAUCACUUAACCUCUUUCUUUCUAUCCAAUUCUGCAUUUAAACAUAUCAAUUCAUCACAUUACAUAUUUAAAUCCUAAGCCUAUCUGAUAUUUGCAAGCUUUCCAAUUUAAAUUAUCUUAACAUAUUUAGCUAAAUAGUCUUUAAAUUUCCUCCAUUCCUCCUGGUAGUCCUCCUCCUUCUGGUCGUGGACUCUUCCAGUCAGGUCGGCUAGCUUUGAAAAGUCCAUCAUCUUCAUCUGCCAAUCUUCCAGUGUUGGUAUUUCUUGUGUUUUCCAGUUCUUUGCUAACAAAAUGCUUGCUGCAGUUGUGGCAUACAAAAAUAAUUUAACAUCUUUUGGGGGCAAUUCCAAACCUGUUAUUCCAAGAAGAAAGGCCUCUGGUUUCUUAAUAAAUGUAUAUUUCAACAUUUUUUUCAGUUCGCUAUAAUAAAAUGGGUGGAGUCCUGUGAAACAUUUUGGACUUCUUGCAGGAAUGUGUUUGCACCACCGCAGCGCAACAAAACUCCGAAAGCAUGUGACUGUUCCCAAAGUGGUAGGGUAGGAAAUGCCCUGCCUUAUUUCUUUCCCCAAACGCCAAGCGAAGAGGGGGUGUGGCUUAGAUAAAGUAAGAGGGGUGAGGUUUAAGCGCACAGUCUAUUCUAAGCCCCGGCAUCCUUUAAAAUUUCACAGGGGGCUCUUGAUUUAAGUGGUACCAAUGGAAGGGAUGGCAGGGUAAAUUAAACCCACGCUAAAAGAGUAAUAAAUCAACAAACGGCAGGCACAAACACACGCUGCCAGCACACACACACACACACGACUUAAAAUUAGAGAGGAACAGGCAAGCGCAAUGGAGGGGAAAAACGUACAAGCACCCUGGCCAACAAAUUAAAAUGUAAGGCAAACCCACUCAGUCACCCAGACCAGCCAGGCAAUUGGACGGGCAAGGGCAAUAGAGGGAAAAAACAUACAGGCACCCUGGCCAAACUUAAAAUAAAACGCACAGCCACCAAGGCAGAGGCAGGGGAAGGAAAGUGAGGAGACAAGGGAGAUAGAAAGACGGCACUCACGCUCAGACCUCGCUGGGAGUGGAGAGACCACGUGCUGGGCAAGGGAACAAGCUGCAGCUUAAGAAAGGUAAUUCGCACUUAGACCGCCCAAACAAAUCCAGCACCAGGAGUGGGGGAAAAUAAAAGGUUAAAUGUGGGUUUUUACACAGAAAAGAGGACACAGCAAGACAGCAAGGCAAACUUGGGUGCCUAGGUUUUUAAAAGCAGUAAAGCAAUGAGCGCACGCAAGCCUCCUAAAUUUAAAAAGGCAAGCCAGGAACCAGACAGCCUCCACACACACAAACACCCCCGACUCCAAACCUCGUGGUUGAGCUCUUCCCUGCGAUGACUCCUGACUCAAAGAAAAUGUGUGUGCAAAGGUGGGGAUGGCUUGCGCGGCUGCGUUUGAGCUGCAAGCCACGCCCCUGCCGAGCUUCCCUAUUGGGUGCCCAACCGGGGAGGGGCGUGGCACACCAGCCCUGGAGUUGAAGCAGGGGGCAGAGCGCCCCCUGCAUGACGCAGGAAGCGUCUCCCGAUCACAACCCCUUCCCUUCCUGGGAGGAGGAAAGGCUUUGUGAAACAUUUUAGACUUCUUGCAGGAAUGUGUGUUUGCACCACCGCAGCGCAACAAAACUCCGAAAGCAUGCGACUGUUCCCAAAGUGGUAGGGUAGGAAAUGCACAUUGUUGUUUUGUCAGUUACUGUAUAGACUUUUAACUGUUUUCUUCUCUCUCUCUCUCUGUCUCCCCCAACCCUACGCCUUUUUUACAUUUUUGUAGAACCACAUCACGGCCUUUGCAGAAGUCACAUGAUGUUGAGACGGAUGUCUAUUCGCUGCACUGGACGUCAUCCCUUUUCACAGUUCACUCAUAAUAACUGACAUGUUUUCCAGCAGAGGAGAAAAAUAAAACUUUUGUCUGGUUUUAUGACCUGAUUAGCAGCAUUAAGAUUUACAUCAGCCUAUGAAGAACAUGCCAGAAAUGUCAAAAGUUAGGAAUAUUUUCCAACAAAAA